GCCUGGGUCAUCCAGAGGCAGACAGGAGGGGAAGGUGACGCCUGUCCUGCAUCGUGUCAAAAACCGAUAAGCCAGGGCAUGUAGGGCAAAUGCAACCAGCUGGAGAAAUUGGCACUGUGUAGCUAAGGUCUCUUUUUUCGACACCUUACAGUAGGCCUUAAAUAUAAGUUGCAUAUAAUGCAUAAUAUUGUAGGCCUAAGUGUUAUAGAAAUGCAAGUUGGCACUGUAGCCAAUUGCUGAGGAGGACACAAUUCGAGGUUGUGCAGCUGUGUCAUUUGGUGUCUAGUUCUAAAGCCUUGCAUACCUGUCACUCACCACCAGUCAACAAGUAGAUAAGUAGAUAUGCAUAAGGAGUUUUGUUAGGGGCAGCCUCAAGUUAACAGUGAUGCUUGUGCACAGAGAACAGUAGGCUACGUUAAUACAGCAUUAUAACUCUGUUACCAGUAAUACAACAUUAAAACAGCAUUAGAAAUACAGUGAGGGAAAAAAGUAUCACCUGCUGAUUUUAUACGUUUGCCCACUGACAAAGACAUGAUCAGUCUAUAAAUUUAAUGGUAGGGUUAUUUGAACAGUGAGAGACAGAAUAACAACAACAAAAAUCCAGAAAAACACAUGUCAAAAAUGUUAUAAAUGUAUUUGCAUUUUAAUGAGGGAAAUAAGUAUUUGACCCCUCUGCAAAACAUGACUUAGUACUUGGUGGCAAAACCCUUGUUGGCAAUCACAGAGGUCAGACGUUUCUUGUACUUAGCCAACAGGUUUGCACACAUCUCAGGAGGGAUUUUGUCCCACUCCUCUUUGCAGAUCUUCUCCAAGUCAUUAAGGUUUCAAGGCUGACGUAUGGCAACUCAAACCUUCAGCUCCCUCCACAGAUUUUCUAUGGGAUUAAGGUCUGGAGACUGGCUAGGCCACUCCAGGACCUUAAUGUUCCUCUUCUAGAGCCACUCCUUUGUUGCCUUGGCCGUGUGUUUUGGGUCAUUGUCAUGCUGGAAUACCCAUCCACGACCCAUUUUCAAUGCCCUGGCUGAGGGAAGGAGGUUCUCACCCAAGAUUUGACGGUACAUGGCCCCGUCCAUCGUCCCUUUGAUGCGGUGAAUUUGUCCUGUCCCCUUAGCAGAAAAACACCCCAAAGCAUAAUGUUUCCACCUCCAUGUUUGACGAUGGGGAUGGUGUUCUUGGGGUCAUAGGCAGCAUUCCUCCUCUUCCAAACACGGCGAGUUGAUGCCAAAGAGCUCAAUUUUGGUCUCAUCUGACCACAACACUUUCACCCAGUUCUCCUCUGAAUCAUUCAGAUGUUCAUUGGCAAAUUUCAGACGGGCCUGUAUAUGUGCAUUCUUGAGCAGGGGGACCUUGCGGGCGCUGCAGGAUUUCAGUCCUUCACGGCGUAGUGUGUUACCAAUUGUUUUCUUGGUGACUAUGGUCCCAGCUGCCUUGAGAUCAUUGACAAGAUCCUCCUGUGUAGUUCUGGGCGGAUUCCUCACCGUUCUCAUGAUCAUUGCAACUCCACGAGGUGAGAUCUUGCAUGGAGCCCCAGGCCGAGGGAGAUUGACAGUUCUUUUGUGUUUCUUCCAUUUGCGAAUAAUCGCACCAACUGUUGUCACCUUCUCACCAAGCUGCUUGGCGAUGGUCUUGUAGCCCAUUCCAGCCUUGUGUAGGUCUACAAUCUUGUCCCUGACAUCCUUGGAGAGCUCUUUGGUCUUGGCCAUGGUGGAGAGUUUUGAAUCUGAUUGAUUGAUUGCUUCUGUGGACAGGUGUCUUUUAUACAGUUAACAAACUGAGAUUAGGAGCACUCCCUUUAAGAGUGUGCUCCUAAUCUCAGCUCGUUACCUGUAUAAAAGACACCUGGGAGCCAGAAAUCUUUCUGAUUGAGAGGGGGUCAAAUACUUAUUUCCCUCAUUAAAAUGCAAAUCAAUUUAUAACAUUUUUGACAUGCGUUUUUCUGGAUUUUUUUGUUGUUGUUCUGUCUCUCAUUGUUCAAAUAAACCUACCAUUAAAAUUAUAGACUGAUCAUUUCUUUGUCAGUGGGCAAACGUACAAAAUCAGCAGGGGAUCAAAUACUUUUUUCCCUCACUGUAUAGCCUAUGUGGGACAGUACAGUGCAGUGCAGACAGUACAUACAUGAAUCAAGCAAUGAAUGGCAUCUUAAACAUAGACCAUUGCAGAGUCAGAGUUGGACCUUUUCUCCCCGACAUGGUAAACCACAAGGCAUGUUUAACUCAAAUACUUCUAGUAAAUUUAACCCAAAGUCAAUGAAAAGUCAUUAUUGCUUAAAAUGUUUAUGUGGUACUGACUCAAAACUAAAUGAGAUGUCACAUCAACUACAUUUUAACUUUAACAAAUUAACUUUUUUCCCCAGCAUACUCUAUUGCAGGUAGAUCUUUUUGAAUUGUAUUUCAUAUCUGUGUUUUUGCAUUUACAUUGAGUGAUUGACUAAUCUUAUGCUACAACAAGAUAAAUAACAAAUAAAACAUUUAACUAAUCCAAUCAUUUAGUUAGAUUUUUUGCACCCGUUCCCGAAAUGGUUGUUCCAGUUUAAAUGGCUUAGGUCAUCUCCUCACACUGUUCGUAACCCUGGCAGUCAUCAUGAAUGCAGUUUGUGGGUGAAUAAAAAUGUAAACUGUUGGAAAUCCUAACUCUUGCUGGAUUCCAAUAGGAAUUAUGUAUCAAUUUGCAAGCCAGCAUAAUGUGUCUUGCAGAUGUGGUUGCAAAAUUCAGGUACAUUUCCCAGGUUUUCCAGAUAUUUUGGUUGGGAGAUUCCUGAAAAUCCUUCACCCAGGAUUUUUAGAAAAUCUGGGAACUUUGGGAAAGUAACUGGAAUUUUACAACCCUGCUUGCAGGCCUGAUGUGGCCUGUAAACCAUGAGUUUCAGGACACUGCAUUAGGGUAAAAAUAAGGCCUUAUGAGAUAUGUACUGUAAAGUAAUAAAGACUUUAAUUAUAAUGAUAACAUUCUCCUAGGAACUCACUUGGUGAAAGCCACAGAACUGAAAAUGAAUGAAUUCAACAACCAUGUCUCUGUCACUAACAAAUACAGUUGGUAACGCUACAAUUCACUUAAAAAGGCACACUAGGAAAUUAGGAGUGGCUUAGUGGGGGCAUUGCUAAAAAAAUGUAAGCUGAUACAACUCAAAUCUGGACCCUUUACAGGGUCACAGUGACUCUAUCAGUUUGCAAUGGUGUUUAUUCAUGGAUGCCAAGAGAAGCCAGGCUUCCCCAAAUAUUUGACCAAUAAAAACAUUUACAAUUAGAAAAUAAUGUAUCUUUCGCCUCUGUGUUUUCAUAAUUUUCCGUCAAUUCGCAAGUGGCUGAAUCUCACCGGAGAAAUCAUCAGAGCGAGGGAAACAGCGUCACUCUGUCUCAGUUUGUGUAGCCCAUGUAUCUGAUGCUGGAACAAACGAGUAUGACAUGUUGCUGCCGUUGCAUUGAUUGACUGAUGCUAGCAAGCAUUUGGACUUUCUUGAUACAUUUUUAAAAAUAAUAAUUGGCUAAUCAGCAAAACGACCACCAAGGGAGGCCAGUUUGGAUUUGGCUUCACAUCAAUUUGGACUUGUGGUUUUGACUUAAUUCUCUGUACAGGUCAAUGAUUAUGAUGGUGAUUCUGAUCUAACCAUGAAUUAAUAUGUUGUGCCACUGGCCUGAGACGAUUGAAGUUCAAUAUGUAGCCUAGAUGUAGCCUAUUAGGCUCACGAUAACUAGCUAGCUAACUUAGCUGGUUCAUUGUUGCCCAUGCGAGGUAGUUAGGCUAGCAAGCAUUUUAGCUAGGUAGCCUAUGAAAACUAAAACUAAAAGCAUACAGAGCCAUAGACCGUUUUGCCAACACGAAAGAGAGGAGAACGGCAUUGGCUUUCAACUAGUCUACAAGUAGGGUGAGUCCCAAAAAGGGGUUUUAGUUGCCCACACACACACACACACACAGAAAUCGGUACCAAAGGCAGCCACGUGAUAUUUAGCAACAUUGAUUGGACUAAAUCGUUUUUGGUAUAUUUACGUAUUUUUUCAGUGUAAUUAACUAAGGCUUGUUGAUUUGAUGAUGCUUAAAUGUUUAAGUUGAAAUGGUGCUAGAAUAGCGGAGGCAGUGGUCCUGUUGUCUUUGUGCUGACUUGCGGUAACUCUGUGGUUAUAAAUCAGUAGUUGUUUAGUAAACUGUUGAAAACAUUAACUUGCUUGACCACGCUGCAGGUGAUAUAACGGUUUGUUACAUGCAAUAUUUACUUUGUGGACAAACAUAUGUGUAGUCGAGAGCAGUGGCGACCCGUCAUUCAGGGCAGGUGAGGCAGAGCCCCAUCUGUUUUGAGCCCCACCUGUUUGUUUUUUUGUUGUUGACUGUUUUGCAUGUUAUUUUGGCAUUAACACAUGUCACAUGUCAAUUUGCAAUCAAUGUAAAAUAUAAAAUCAUCAAGGGUUAGUAAUGUUCUCUAGUUGCUCCGUGAUUGGCUCAGUGUUCUGUCACGCAUGGGGACACUACAUCACCACAAAAUCUAAGGGUAGAACACGAAAAAUCAAGCCCCUUGGGUGCUGCCAUAGAGUUACAUUAGAAGUGCCCAUCCAAGAAGGCUCAAGGUCAUUGGCCACAGAUAAAAUGAUGUCAAAUCACGUAAUAUCUACAGUAGCUUUGAUUGGAUUGAUCAUGUCAACAUCAUACUUUCAAAAUCUUAGCUAGCAAAAGCUAGCAGUCAUCAUCAUGAAUCAAGUCAACAAUCUGCUGGCAAAUCCUUUCCAAUCCUUGUCAUAUGAAGGGAAAUAAUGAAAAUAAAUUAUAGAUAAAACGUAUCGGUGCUCAUAAACAUUAACGAACAAGUUGGAAAUUCAACAAUGAGUGGUUUGGAAGGAAUCAGUAGCUAACUGCAAGCAUUGCAAAGCAAUCACUAGCCUGCUAUUCAGUGGAGUGGGUGUGUGGUCCCAAGUCUGGAUUUAAGGGUCUCUUUUCCAAUCUUAAAAGGAUAAACAUUCAACAUUGGCCAUGCUGUCAAUCCAGCAUGACUUCUGCGCGCUCAAAAUCGCUACUGGUCGAGAGCAGUUGAGAGCAUCCUGUCGGGCUCUAUCACCGCCUGGUAUGGCAACUGCACUGCCUGCAACCGCUGGGCUCUCCAGAGGGUGGUGUGGUCUGCCCAACGCAUUACCGGGGGCACAAUGCCUACCCUCCAGGACACCUACAGCACCCGAUGUCACAGGCCAAAAAGAUCAUUAAGGACAACAACCACCCGAGCCACAGCCUGUUCACCCCGCUAUCAUCCAGAAGGCGAAGUCAGUACAAGUGCAUCAAAGCUGGGACCGAGAGACUGAAAAACUGCUUCUAUCUCAAGGCCAUCAGACUGUUAAAUAGCCAUCACCAGCCAGCUACCACCCGGUUACUCAACCCUGCAGCUUAGAGGCUGCUUCCCAAUGGACAUAGACAUGGAAUAACUGGUCACUUUAAUAAUGGAACACUACUCACUUUAAAAAUGUUUACAUACUGUUAUACUAAUUUUAUAUGUAUAUCAUAUAUUCUACUGUAUUUUGGUCAAUGCCACUCCGACAUUGCUCGUACUAAUAUUUAUAUAUUUCUUAAUUCCAUUCUUUUACUUUUAGAUUUGUGUGUAUUGUUGUGAAUUGUUAGAUACUACUGCAAUGUUGGAGCUAGGAACACAAGCAUUUCGCUACACCCACAAUAACAUCUGCUAAAUACGUGUAUGUGACCAAUACAAUUUUGAUUUGAUUUGAUUUGAUUUAUUCCGCCACUGUGUGACUGUUGUCUUUUUGUUGUCACGGCCUUAUUGUAUAUCACAGUGGCGUAUGAACAAAUAGCUUAUAGAGCAAACAACACAAAUAUCACAACAUACAGUACCAUGCAAAUGUUUGGACACACCUACUCAUUCAAGAGUUCUUCUUUAUUUUUUACUAUUUUCUACAUUGUAGAAUAAUAGUGAAGACAUCAAAACUAUGAAAUAACACAUAUGGAAUCAUGUAGUAACCAAAAUAUAUUUAAUGUUUUAGAUUUUUCAAAGAAGCCAUCCUUUGCCUUGAUGACAGCUUUGUACAAUCUUGCCAUUCUCUCAACCAGCUUCACCUGGAAUGCUUUUCCAACAUAUGCUGAGCACUUGUUGGCUGCUUUUACUUCAUUCUGCGUUCCAACUCAUCCCAAACCAUCUCAAUUGGGUUGAGGUCAGGUGAUUGUGGAGGCCAGGUCAUCUGAUGCCGCACUCCAUCACUCUCCUUCUUGGUCAAAUAGCCCUUACCCAGGUUGGAGGUGUGUUGGGUCAUUGUCCUGUUGAAAAACAAAUGAUAGUCCCAAAUGAUAGCCAGUUUUUUUUGGUCUUUUUGUCUCUUUCGUAUAUAUAUUUCUCAAUCACACUUUUCAUCCUUCAACUAAAUAUACUUUCCUGCUACCCGCCUCACCCAAUGUGGAACAGAUUCCAUUAUUCAUACUAUCGGCCAGUCUGCACUGUCUGCACAGCGCGCUAUCGACCAAGAACAUAUCGGAUUUUCUGCUGGAAUCACUGAAUCACUGGACCUUGACACCGGAUCAUCGCAACUAGCUAGCUGCAACCGAAUGGAUGUUGGUGGCUAAUCACCACUGCCCUCGAAGCAAGCACCAGUUAGCCUUGAGCUAGCCUUGAGCCAGGCCUAUCUCCUGGCUAUCUACCUCUCUGUCAACCGGACGGGACCUCCUAGUGUCGACACGGAGCCCUGCCGAUCCAUCACGACUGGUCUGCCGACGUAAUCGUCUGAUGUGGUUUCAACAGGAUUCCCGUUGUGACGACCACGAAGAUCCAUCUGCUAGCCUCGGCCCGCUAGAACACGCAAUCAACAGCCGUGCUUCCUGCUCGCCUGUGCUGUAGCAGCCAUUCGAACUGCUCCCGGUCUCACCUAUUGCUGUUCACUGGACCUUAUGAUCACUCAGAUGCACAGCUGAUGCCUGCUGGACUGUUCCUUUACACGGUACCCCCAUCCUGUUUAUCUGUCCUGUUUAUCUGUUUAGCCUCAGCCCAAACUUUCGUCGCCAUUAACAGUUGUUGUCUUAGCUCUCCCGAAUAACACCUGUGAUUGCUUUAUGCCUCUCUCCCAUGUCAAUAUGCCUUGCCUAUUGCUGUUCCGGUUAGUUCUUAUUAUACAAUUUCACUGUAGAGUCCCCAGUACCGCUCAACCAGCCUCAGAGAGCUCCUUUGUUCCACCCCCCAUACACGCGGAGACCGGCUCAAUCGGUGCCUACAGUGAUGUUAUCUCUUUCAUCGUUACCCAACACUUAGGUUUACCUCCACUGUACUCAUAUCCUUCCACAUCCUUGUCUGUACAUAAUGCCCUGAAUCUAUUCUACAACGCCCGGAAAUCUGCCCCUUUUAUUCUCUGUACCCAACGCACUAGAAGACCAGUUCUUAAAGCCUUUAGCCGUAUCCUUAUUCUACUCCUCCUCUGUUCCUCUGGUGAUGUAGAGGUUAACCCAGGCCCUGUAGCCCCCAGUAUCACUCCUACUCCCCAAGCGCUAUCAUGUGUUGACUUUUGUAACCGUAAAAGCCUUGGUUUUUUGCAUGUUAACAUCAGAAGCCUCCUCCCUAAGUUUGAGUUACUCACUGCGUUAGCACACUCCGCCAACCCUAAUGUUCUAGCAGUGUCUGAAUCCUGGCUUAGGAAGAUCACCAAAAACUCUGAAAUGUCCAUCCCUAACUACAACAUUUUCUGUCUAGAUAGAACUGCCAAAGGGGGCGGAGUUGCAAUCUACUGUAGAGAUAGCCUGCAGAGCUCUAUCAUACUAUCCAGGUCUGUGCCCAAACAGUUUGAGCUUCUACUUAAAAAAAUCCACCUCUCCAGAAAUAAGUCUAUCACUGUGCCGCUUGCUACAGACCCCCAUCAGCCCCCAGCUCUGCCCUGGACACCAUAUGUGAAUUGAUUGCCCCCCAUCUAUCCUCAGAGUUCGUACUGCUUGGUAACCUAAACUGGGAUAUGCUUAACACCCCGGCAGUCCUACAAUUUAAACUAGAUGCCCUCAAUCUCACACAAAUGAUCAAGGAACCUACCAGGUACAACCCAAAAUCCGUAAACAUGGGCACCCUCAUAGAUAUCAUCCUGACUAAUUGACCCUCUAAAUACACCUCCGCUGUCUUCAACCAGGAUCUCAGCGAUCACUGCCUCAUUGCCUGCGUCCGAAAUGGGUCCGCGGUCAAAUGACCACCCCUCAUCACUGUCAAACACUCCCUAAAAUGCUUCAGCGAGCAGGACUUUCUAAUUGACUUGGCCCGGGUAUCCUGGAUGGAUAUUGACCUCAUUCCGUCAGUAGAGGAUGCCUGGUUGUUCUUUAAAAGUGCUUUCCUCUCCAUCUUAAAUAAGCAUGCCCCAUUCAAAAAAUUCAGAACUAAGAACAGAUAUAGCCCCUGGUUCACCCCAGACUUGACUGCCCUUGACCAGCACAAAAACAUCCUGUGGCGUACUGCAUUAGCAUCAAACAGCCCCCGCAAUAUGCAACCUUUCAGGGAAGUCAGGAACCAAUAUACCCAAUCAGUUAGGAAAGCAAAGGCUAGCUUUUUCAAACAGAAAUGUGCAUCCUGUAGCACUAACUCCAAAAGGUUUUGGGACACUGUAAACUCCAUGGAGAAUAAGAGCACCUCCUCCCAGCUGCCCACUGCACUGAGGCUAGGAAACACUGUCACCACCGAUAAAUCAACGAUAAUCGAGAAUUUCAAUAAGCAUUUUGCUACGGCUGGCCAUGCUUUCCACCUGGCUACCCCUACCCCGGCCACCAGCUCUCCCCACCCCCACCCUGGAACUUGCCCAUGCCCCCCAAACCCCCCACCCCCGCUUCUCAUUCACCCAAAUUCAGAUAGCUGAUGUUCUGAAAGAGCUGCAAAAUCUGGACCCCUACAAAUCAGCUGGGCUAGACAAUCUGGACCCUUUCUUUCUAAAAUUAGCUGCCGAAAUUGUAGCAACCCCUAUUACUAGCCUGUUCAACCUCUCUUUCGUAUCAUCUGAGAUCCCCAGAGAUUGGAAAGCUGCCGCGGUCAUCCCCCUCUUCAAAGGGGGUGACACUCUAGAUCCAAACUGUUACAGGCCUAUAUCCAUCCUGCCCUGCCUUUCAAAAGUAUUUGAAAGCCAAUUUAACAAACAGAUCACUGUCCAUUUCGAAUCCCACCGUACCUUCUCCGCUAUGCAAUCUGGUUUCCGAGCUGGUCAUGGGUGCACCUCAGCCACGCUAAAGGUCCUAAACGAUAUUAUAACCAUGAUCGAUAAAAGACAGUACUGUGCAGCUGUCUUCAUCGACCUGGCCAAGGCUUUCGACUCUGUCAAUCACCGCAUUCUUAUUGGCAGACUAAAUAGCCUUGGUUUCUCAAAUGACUCCCUCGCCUGGUUCACCAACUACUUCUCAGAUAGGGUUCAAUGUGUCAAAUCGGAGGGCCUGUUGUCUGGACCUCUGGCAGUUUCUAUGGGGGUGCCACAGGGUUCAAUUCUCGGGCCGACUCUAUUCUCUGUGUAUAUCAAUGAUGUCGCUCUUGCUGCUGGUGACUCUCAGAUCCACCUCUAUGCAGACGACACCAUUUUGUAUACAUCUGGCCCUUCAUUGGACACUGUGUUAACAAACCUCCAAACGUGCUUCAGUGCCAUACAACACUCCUUCCGUAGCCUCCAACUGCUCUUAAACGCUAGUAAACCUAAAUGCAUGCUCUUCAAUCGAACGCUGCUUGCACCCGCCUGCCCGACUAGAAUCACUACUCUCGGCGGGUCUGACUUAGAAUAUGUGGACAACUACAAAUACCUAGGUGUCAGGUUAGACCGUAAACUCUCCUUCCAGACUCACAUUAAGCAUCUCCAAUCCAAAGUUAAAUCUAGAAUCGGCUUCCUAUUUCGCAAACAAAGCAUCCUUCACUCAUGCUGCCAAACAUGCCCUCGUAAAACUGACUAUCCUACCGAUCCUUGACUUCGGCGAUGUCAUUUACAAAAUAGCCUCCAACACUCUACUCAGCAAAUUGGAUGUAGUGCCAUCCGUUUUGUCACCAAAGCCCCAUAUACUACCCACCAUUGUGACCUGUUCGCUCUCGUUGGCUGGCCCUCACUACAUAUUCGUCGCCAAACCCACUGGCUCCAGGUCAUCUAUAAAUCACUGCUAGGCAAAUCCCUGCCUUAUCUAAGCUCAUUGUUCACCAUAGCAACGCCCACGCGUAGUAUGCGCUCCAGCAGGUAUAUCUCACUGGUCAUCCCCAAAGCCAACACCUCCUUUGGCCGCCAUUCCUUCCAGUUCUCUGCUGCUAAUGACUAGAACGAACUGCAAAAAUCUCUGAAGCUGGAGACUCUUAUCUCCCUCACUAACUUUAAGCAUCAGUUGUCAGAGCAGCUUACCGAUCACAGCACCUGUACACAGCCCAUCUGUAAUUAGCCCACCCAACUACCUCAUCCCCAUAUUGUUAUUUAUUUUGCUCAUUUGCACCCCAGUAUCUCUAUUUGCACAUCAUCUUCUGCACUUCUAUCAUUCCAGUGUUAAUACUAAAUUGUAAUUAUUUUGCAUUAUGGCAUAUUUAUUGCCUUACCUCCAUAAUUUACUACAUUUGCACACACUGUAUAUAUAUUUUCUAUUUUGUUAUUGACUGUAUGUUUUGUUUUAUCCCAUGUGUAACUCUGGGUUGUUGUUGUUUUUAUCGCACUGCUUUGCUUUAUCUUGGACAUGGUCUUUUACCAAAUAGGGCUAACUUCUGUAUACCACCCUUACCUUGUCACAACACAACUGAUUGGCUCAAACGCAUUAAGAAGGAAAGAAAUUCCAUAAAUUAACUUUUAAGAAGGCACACCUGUUAACUGAAAUGCAUUCCAGGUGACUACCUCAUGAAGCUGCUUGAGAGAAUGCCAAGAGUGUGCAAAGCUGUCAUCAAGGCAAAGGGUGGCUACUUUGAAGAAUCUCAAAUUUAAAAUAGAUUUUGAUUUGUUUAACACUUUUUUUGGUUACUACAUGAUUCCAUAUGUGUUAUUUCAUAGUUUUGAUGUAAAAAUCAAGAAAAACCCUUGAAUGAGUAGGUGUGUCCAAACUUUUGACUGGUACUGUAGGUUGUAAUAUGGCUUUUUUCCUGGCUUGGCUUAGCUUCCCCAGUGGUUUUACCCACACACCGCUACUGUCAGUUUGAGUAAUGACUUCAAAAUCACUUUAAGUGACUGUACUCAUAUAUAUUAAAGCGAUACUUCGUGAUUUUGGCAAUGAGGCCCUUUAUCUACUUCCCCAGAGUCAGAUGAACUCGUGAAUACAAUUUUUUUCGUCUCUGUGCCAAAUAUGAAUGAAGUUAGAUGUAGUUUCGCUAGCGUUAGCACAUUGACUGGAAGUCUGUAAGUAUCUGUUAGAAUGCUAGCAGAUACCAUAGACUUCCAGUAAUUUUGCUAACGCUAGUUAGUAAUUGCGCUAGCGCUAGUUAGCAACUUCCUUUAAACUGCCUGCACGCGGAUACAUAAAAUGGUAUCCAUGAGUUCAUCUGACUCUGGCGAAGUAGAUAAAGGGCCUCCUUGCCAAAAUCCUGAAGUAUCUCUUUGAGUGCAACAGGUUUCCUCAAAGGUUUUGAGUAAUGACAGCACGUUGAGGUUUACAGUGCAGGGGACUAGUAGUUAUACCAAUAGGGAAAGUAGGCACUAGUUCCUUGAUGUUUCUCCUCUCCUCUCCCACAUCCAAUCAGCGGGUCAUUUGCUAAUUCAGAAGGGUUGUCACAACAAAUAAAUCAGUGAAUGGGCCCUGAGCCUUUAGUUCACCACAGCACGCCGUGUGUGUGGGUGAGUGCGCACGUGUGUGCGUGUGCGUGUGUGUGUGCAUGCAUGUGUGUGUGUAGCCAGAGAGUCUCAGUUAAACCACUAAACAAUGGCCCUGAGAAUGGACUUUGAUGGCCAUCUCCUCAUGAGACAACAAAGCAUUCUUUCACUAGCAGCACCAGGCUUGGGGUUAUAGGUCAGACCAUGAUGCCACACUCCUGCUGGGGAGCCUGUUGUUGUGUGCCACCUAGUCUGUGUCUCAAAUGCCACCCUGUUCCCUAUAUAAUGCACAUAUCUGUAGGGCUCUGGUCAAAAGUAAUGCACUAUGUAGGGAAAAGGGUGCCAUUUUGGAUGAAGUCUUAAUUUAUUCCAUCCAAACAAGUUACUCUAUACAGUAGGGGUGUCUAACUCAUUUUGCCCCAGGGGCCACAUUCAGUCUUCAACAAGGUCCAGAGGGACGCACUGAAAAUGUGUUAUAUUUCCUUGCCAUCCAAAUUUGAGAGCAUGUGUUGUAUUUACAAAUCCUCUGUCUCUGCAUACAUACACCUUGUCUGUGUCUGUGUCUGGGAACUAAUUCUCUCCAAGCACUAAGGUCAAAGGUUUUCCAAACAAUUAUGUUUUUCAGAGGAGACGAGGACAAAGUGGUGAGACCGGGCUGUUGCUGUUGGGUAAACCCUAGUCAAAUUGGCCUUAUCAGAGUUUACAGAGUGGUAGGGGGGUAACCUCAUAAAUAGUCUCUAGGGAACUCUCAGCCCAGGACAAACCUUCAUCAUUAGCCCAGAGGGGCAGACCGUUGCUGCAUCCAAAUGAUACGAAAUAUGUAACAUAUUUGGAACAUGCCUUGUUUUGUAAUUGAUAAUUCAACAUCAUAGUGAACACGUAGAGCAAGACGCUUUUAAGAUAUAUAGAAUAGAUUUCAUAAUAUAGUCACCAAGGUAGGAUUUCCAUAGGAUGUUCUGCAUUAGAUAGACACACAGUAAGGGCCUUCCUAUUCCUCUGUCAUAGCUCUGACUGAUAUCCUGAAGUCGAGUCGUUUUGACCCAUUUUCAAUUUACAGACGGGGAAGUGUGAGAUUGGUGCAGGUUCUCUGACACUUGAAUAGACAUGGGAUGUGAGAGGUCUGACUUUAAAGUCCUUUUCUCUCCAUUUUUAGCCUUCAGCUGCGAGCUAUGUUCAGACCCUGUCAUGGAUCGCUGGCUUUAUUGUCUAACCCUCCAGGGGAGAGUUUAAAAAGGAGGGGAGUUAGGUAGAUGAAUGUGUGUUAUUUUUACCUGUUUGAAUAUAUCCUCCUCAUCUCUCCCUCUGAAGGUUACAGUAAAUUAACUCUAGUUCCACCAUUUAAUGAACUGACUGAAGUUAUAGAGCCACUGGAAUUACAUUUUUUGCUUACUGUUUUUGCUAUCAUGCCCCGCUCCCUCCCUCCCAUCCCUCCCUCCACAGUUCAGGUUGACAUCUCAGUAACUACCCAGAAUGACACCUAUGUUCCAAAUACAUUCGUCUUAAAAAUAAAACGUGUCUUGUGAAUGUAAGGUGUUUUCUUACUAACCUUCAUCCCUUUGUCUCCCCCAGCUCCAGAGUGCUACCCGGGAGGUUACCGCACGUUGAGGAACCCGUAUCGCAGCGUGGACUUUGACUCCAGUGACCUGCAGAACACUGCUAUACAGGACCUGAUCUGCGAUCACUCCCUCUCCCCAGGAUGGUACCGCUUCAGCAUUAACAACAAGCCUGCAGAGAUGCCCACCAGCUGUGUGGAAGUAAGCUAAAGCUGUUAAACCAUGCCAUCUUGCCCCUAGUAUGUAAAGGGGUUCCACAAGGCUUCAUUGUAGGGCCUGUUUUAUUUACCAUUUAAAAAAAUGAUACAGGCAAAGCUAUUAACUCUUCACAGUGGAAGCGAUUUUCAUGAAUUACUUUGUCGACUACAGGAGAUAUUGUACUUAAUCAAGUGGUUUUCAUGAGGAAACAUGUUGUGCAUCCAAUAUUUAAAACAUGGUGUAUUAUGAGAAUUAUAAGGAUUAUUCUCUAUAAACAUCCAAACUGUAGUUACCAAUGCAAGUCAUAAUUUCCAUGUAAAUGAAUCCAUACAACUCUGACCUCAUUCAAUACAGCUGUGUUUAGUUUUUGCUUUUUGAGUUAGAUUUUUGUUGACAGUGAAAAGUUGAGUGUAAACUGUAUAAUGAGUAGCUACAGAGCAGGUGGAAGCUUUUUCACAAAGCAUCUCAGAGUAGGAGUGCUGAUCUAGGAUCAGGUCCCCCCUCAUAUCCAUUACGAUUUAAAAGGCAAAACUGAUCCUAGACCAGCACUUACUCUGAGAUGCUUUUUGAAUGUCCUCUCUCCAGAUGAACAGAUGUGGCACCCAGGCGCCUGUGUGGCUGUCUCUGACUGAUAGCUCGUUGCCCCGCCCGGGGGAGGUCCGCCAGCUCUCGGCCUGCGCCACCUGGCAGUUCUUCCACGGGAGCACCAAGGACUGCUGCCUCUUCCGCAUCCCCAUCUCAGUACGCAACUGUGGGGAGUUUCUCCUGUACUACCUGCAACCCACCCAGGGGUGUAUGGGAUAUUGUGCCAAAGGUGAAUUAGAAUUAGAGACUCACUGUCAGUUUGGUGUGAUGGGUGACUGCUUCGCUGGAAUUGGGAAUUUGUUAUUAGCCUUCAGAUAUGUCUGCUGCUCUGUUCGUCUAAGUCUAACUGUAUUUUUCUUGUUUUUAGUCAUAUCAGAAUUUGGACCUAAAUUAUGCCCACUGGGUGAGGUGGAAGUCAAUGGGCGCUGCAAAGGUAAACAACCAAAACAAGCACAAAGAAAUGUUAUUCACAUUUAUCGUAAUUCUUUAUUGAUAUCAGCUUCUUGUUCAUCCCUCAUCUUUCCCUUGCUCAGCAAGUCUCCCUGCAUUAUCCUCCAAGCCUGUGAUCACCCCAGAGCUGGUGGGUAGCAGUGUCCACCUGCGAUGCACCUUCAGUGGGGUGAAGGCCUCGGGACUCCCCUUGGGUUACCUGGUGGUCUGGGCCCGACACCUGGCAUCCAAUAUGAAGGUGGAGAUCAGGAAAGAUUCUAUCAUGGAGACCUUCUCAUUGGUGGAGAUGGACGGAGUCCACUUCAGACUGGGGGAGACGGUAAAAAUGUCUAACAGACGUGUGUGUGUGGAUGUGUGUGUGUGUGUGUUUGUUUGUGUGUGUGUUUGUGUGUGUGUGUGCGUGUGUGAGCGUACGUGUGUUUGUGUGAUGGGGGUUGACCAUCCUUGGUGGCUUAACCAAUGGAUCCUGUUGACCUCUUGACCUUUCUGACUGAGUUCAACAUGUAGAAAAACAGGAUAGAAGAAAGUGUGUCAGAUUGUCAGGGAAGAGAAAGGAGGGCAUGAAGGGAAGAGGGCUGAAUCAGAUUCAGUGUAGGGCUGGUCUGUCUUACUUUUUAUUGCUGGGAGGACUCUUUCACAUGAUUCCCAUCAAAUGCUUUCUAUGCAAUUGGUCUGUUGUAUUGAGGCUCUUCUUCUAACACAGAUAUUAGAUAUUAGUCUUCUUCAACCUGUCCCUGUCCCAAGCUGUAGUCCCCACUUGCAUCAAGGAGACCACCAUAGUCCCAGUGCCCAAGAAAAUCAAGGUGACAUGCCAAAAUGACUAUCGCUCUUUCUCACUCACUCCUGUCAUAAUGAAGUGUUUCGAGAGGCUGGUCAUGGCCCACAUCAAGGCCAGCAUGCCAGGCAUACUGGACUCACUCCAAUUUGUCUACCGCUCCAACAGAUCCAUGGAAGAUGCCAUUUCCAUCGCUAUUCACACGGCCCUAAGACAUUUGGACUAGAGGAACACCUAUGUGAGAAUGCUGUUCAUUGACUACAAUUCAGCAUUCAACACUAUUGUUCCCUCCAAGCUCGACACCAAGCUCAGAGCCCUGGGUCUGGACACUACCCUCUGCAACUGGAUCCUGGACUUCCUGAAGGGCAGACCACAGGCUGUGAGGAUUGGCAACAACACCUCCUCCACACUGACUCUUAACAUAGAGGCCCCCCAGGGGUGUGUCCUCAGCCCUCUGCUGCUCUCCCUGUUCACCCAUGACUGCAUGACUUUGCAUGAUCCCAAUUUUGCUGAUGACACCACGGUUGUAGGCCUAAUAACCAACAAUGAUGAGUCAGCUUCUAGGGAGGAGGUAAGUGACCUGGCAUUGUGGUGCCAGGAAAACAACUUCUCCCUCAACAUCAGCAAAACAAAAAGGAGUUGAUUGUUGACUUCAGGAAGCAGAGGAGGGAACAUGCCCGAUCCACAUCAACUGGACUACAGUAGAGAGAGUCAGCAGUUUUAAGUUCCUCCGUGUCCACAUCCACACCACUGUUGUCAAGCGGGCGCAACAGCGCCUCUACUUUCUAAGGCGGCUUAAGAAAUUUGGCACGCUACCCCAGGUCCUCUCCAAAAACUACCGUUGCACCAUUGAGAGCAUCCUGACCGGUUGCAUCACAGUCUGGUGCGGGAAUUGCUCUGUCCAUGACCGUAAGGCCCUCCAGCGGGUGAUGAAGAAGGCCCAGUACAUCACCAUGUUACCACCCAUCCAGGACAUCUACAAGAAACGGUGCCUGAGGAAGUCCCGCAGCAUCAUCAAGGACCCCAUCACCCCAGCCACGAGCUGUUCUCUCCCUUACCUUACUGCAGAUAGUAUCGGAGCAUGAGGUCUGAUACAUUUACAUUUACAUCAUUUAGCAGAUGCUCUUAUCCAGAGCGACUUACAAAUUGGUGCAUUCAACUUAUGAUAGCCAGUGGGACAAUAGACUAAGAGACAGUUUCUAUCUACAAGCCAUCAGACUGCUGAACAAUUGAACUGGACUGACCACCUGCUCUGACUCUCCACACCUUAGCACACAUGCACUCAUUCACACACACACACCCACACAUCCACGCACACUUACUUGCUUAAGGUAGUCCAUCGUAUCCGAUGAUGACUUAACUACUGCUUGUGGGUUCGCUGAUGGCUUUACAGUAUAAUCCGAUGCGGGUUGUACACUGUCUGCCACAGACAGAGCACACAAAGACCUGUCCCGUUGAGGCCGGUGCCGGCAUGGUCACUCCUAGAUGGCAGAGGCCGCGCCAGAUGGAACAGUCCGCAGAAACAGUCUCGAGGGAGGCAGGGUUUAUCCCACAUUUCUUUAGUGAUGUCUUCAGUUGGUCCUUUAUCCGCUUUUUCUGCCCACCUGCUGAGCGACGGCCCAGUUGUAGCUGUCCGUACAGCAUCUUUUGCGGCAGGCGAUCCUCUGGCAUCCGGGUGGCAUGACUGAGCCAUCUAAGCUGGUGGUGUGUGAUGGACGCUUCAAUGCUCCUGCAGUUGGUUCUCUGUAGGAUCUCUGAGUGUGGAACACGGUCCUGCCAGGUCACUUUCAAAAUGCGUUGGAGGCAUUUUAUGUGAAAGGACUCCAGUUGUUUUAACUGUUGCCUGUAGACUGUCCAUUUUUCACAUCCAUAAAGGAGUGUAGAUACACACUGCCUGGUAGACUGCAACUUUGGUGUGUAGGUGCAGGUUGCUGUUGCUUCCAAGAUAUUUAGAGUGUGGUACAAUGGCCAGUGAGGAGUCUGAGAUGGAGAAUGUGGAUGUUUCAGUUGGAGGGUCAGAUCACCACUGACAUAGGAUCUCUGUUUUUGGGAUGUUAACAGACAGCCCCAUUCUGCUGUAUGCUCUCACAGUUGCUGUGAGCAUGGCUUGUACAGCUUCUAGGGUAUGUGCCAUAAGAGCGCAAUCAUCCGCAUACUGGAGCUCAAGAACGCGUUCAGAUUUGAGCUUUGUGGCAGCUUGGAGCCUCUUAAUGUUGAAGAGGUUCCCGUUCAAUCUGACGUCCAGGGUCACCCCACUCUGUUUCCAUGUCCUUGUGCAGGAGUGUUGUGACACACAGGAGGAAGACAUUGAAUAGGACCGGCGCAAGCACACACCCUUGCCUCACACCAGUGCCAACUCCAAAGGGUUCAGACUCCUGACCACCAACUGUUACACACACACAUACUUGAAACCCCACCUCUUUAAGGAAUACCUGGGAUAGGAUAAAGUAAUCCUUCUACCCCCCCCCCCCCCCCCCCCCUCUUACCCCACCCACCAAAAAAACCACAAAAAAAACAUAUUGUAAAGUGGUUAUCCCACUGGCUAUAAGGUGAAUGCACCAAUUUGUGGGUCGCUCUGGAUAAGAGCGUCUGCUAAAUGACGUAAAUGUAAUGUAAUGUACAUUUAUGCAACACACACAUCACAACUGCUGCUACCAGACUGUUAUUUACUAUUGUUAAUACUGCACAAUUUAAACACUUGCCCACCAAUCCCCCCUUCCCUGAUACACGUGUAAAUAUUGGACGAUAAAUUGUGCCUUCCUGUAUUAUACUUAUGCUCAAAUGUUUAUUAUAUUCUACUGCCAUUGACUUUAUGUUCAUAUUCUUAUAUUUUAUUAUUUCUUACUGUUGUUGCAUUUUCGAGAAGGGACCUGCAAGUAAGCCUUUCGUUGGAUGGUGUAUACCAUGUGUAUCCUGUAUGCAACUAAUAAAACUUGAAACUUAAGAUAGCAAUUACUGUAUUAGUGGUUUGUCUGCUAAAUUACCAUAUAUCCCUGCCAUGUGAAGCCAUGUGUGGAUGGAUGCUACGUGCGGUACUAGUUGUGUAUAUCCAUGACAAGCUGUGCAGUGCAGGGCAGGCCACACUCAACAGGCUCUGUUCCCCACAUGCUGAUCUCACUGCUGGGCUAGAUCAGGGGUCACUACUUUACUGAAGAUUGACUUAAACACACAACGGCUCCAGCCCUAACACAUUGCUCAUGUAGCCUACACGCCAUAUGACUCAGUGAAAUGUUUGGAUGAAUUACAUAUACAAGCCAAAACAAAUUAGAAAGGCCGCUUUUACGACCCUAAGCCUUAUGCUUUUUUUAAGGGAAAAUAUUAUGCCGUUUCAUUUGUGUCAUAGACAGCUCUGUCGCAGACUGGCCUGGUGAACGUUUGAUAGUGGCGACUUAUGUCAUUAUUAAUGUACUAUUAUUUUACAGUUCUCCUGCAGUGUUUCCACGUUCCUGGGUAACUCCAGCCGGACACAAUCUCUGGCCAAAGAGAGUGAGAGCUUCUAUGCUGGAAUUAAGGUAAACCAUCAUGACUGAUACAAUGUACUAAAAAAGAUGGUUGUUGGUUGACCUCUAAAUUGUAUAUAAUCCAUUGGUGAGCAUUAAACUCCUUCUGAACUGCAUCGCGUGCUGUAAAUUAAAUUAAUAUUGAGCCCAGACAGUCCAGGAACCUGUGUCUGUACUCUCUCUCUCUCUCUCCCUGCAGUUUGUUCCAGAUGUGCUGCAGAUUGCGGAGGACGGUAAAGAGCAUGCUGUAGCCAUCCACAGUACAGUGCCUAUCCCCUGUUACGGGACAGAGCACGGCCGACCAUGUGGAGUCCCUCUCACUCUGAGCGUCCGUGACUCAGGUAAGAAUUAGAAUAGCCUAAUUUCCAUGAUCAUGCCAUCUCUGUGCGAGCCAGUGCUUACUGUACUAGCGCCAGAGAGGUUUAAAACCAAGAGACUCAACAUGUGAUUACUUCCUGUUUGUUUACACCCAUCUAAUCCUUUCACAGAUCUAGGGGCUAGGGAUCGAUUUCAUAUUCAGGCUAGCUGUCUUGCAGCUCUGUGGGGGUAUUUACUAACCAGACCCUGUUAUGUGUCCUGUUGCCCUCCCAGACAGCCUGGGUCCCAGCGUGGAGGCCCCCAACAUGGCCCUGUCAACCUGCCAGGUGGAGCUGCAGCCUACUGCAGCCUGCAGCCGGAGCCAGGGGUGUGCCUGGGCCAGCCUCACCCUCACCGCCGUCACAGACUUCACCCGCGACGGCAACCGCCCCAGCCUCCUCAGUGCCACGCCACGCUCUGACGCACCGCGCCUCUGGAGGAGAUACAGCCCCACACCCCUCAAGGUCCGACCGGGAGACCCAUAGAAUUAGAACACAUUAGAACACUACAACAUAAUUAGAACUUUAGAAUUAGAACACUCAAUAUUUUAAUUCUCUUUUUUAUGCACCCUGCUUCCGGAUGGGCUAUAGCCCCACCCCACUCAAGGUCAGAGAGAGAGAAAAUGUAGCUAUAAGCCUCAGAACAGAUGCUUAUAACACUAACAUAACUGCAGUAAAUGUCUGCAUGACAUAGCACCACAGUGUUUACAUGGUUAAAGAGAAGACUGUUAUGAACCAACGACAAAUCACUAACACUGCUUUUCCACGUGCUCUUCCACUCUUUUGUUGAAACUAAAUCUGAGCGUUACUCAUGUAGCAAAACCGUUGUGUCCUUCUAACCUUCUGACUUCCCCUGCGUUGUGUCAUCCCUCAGUCAUGCAGUCAGGCUUGGCACAUCUGUGUUUAGUGUUUAAGCCAGUGAGACAUGAAAGCAUUUCGCCUGUUAUUCAAAAACACAGACACACACACACACACACAGACACACACACACACACACACACACACACACACACACACACACACACACACACACACACACACACACACAUGAAAGCUACAGAAUGUGCUGUUGCCUAUACUUUAAUCAGCACGACCAGAGUGGGUCACGCAAAGUUUUGUUCCUCAUACCUCUACAGGUCACAGUUCAAGAUGUUCCCACUGCAAGCUGCUACUCUCUGACUGAUCCACACAUCAUUACAUUGGAUGGCAGGUAGGUAACUGGGGCAUUGUGUUUAGCAUGCUGUGUCCUAUGUUGCUCAGUUGGUAGAGCAUUUCACUUGUUGGAUUCCUAGGACCACCCAUAUGUAAAUCACUUUAGAUUUACGAUUUAUGUCACUUUGGAUAAAAGCAUCUGCUAAAUGGCAUAUAUUAUUAUUAUUAUGAAAUAUUAGUGUGUUACGUACAGACUUGGAGACGAGUACCCACUUCACAUUUCACAUCGAAUUAUCCCCCAUUAUUUUUCCCCCCAAUAGAACUUCAUGUACAUUGACAUACAGUGUGUUUAAAAAAAAAUCUCAUUUGUUAUGCUUUUUUUUAUAAAAAAUUUCUGCCCCCACAUGAUUUGUUUUGGCCGAUUUUAAUGAUCAAGAAGAGCUAUUUAAAUCACCACUCCACCUCCUGCUAACUGAUUAAGUUCUUUACUGUAAUUAUUAUUAUUAACUAUCCUCUCACAGGUCACUACAUGAGAGUUUGGUCAAAGCUGGUACUUGAAAACAUUACAAAAAACACCCGCUAAUCAGAGAAAAAUAUGUUUAAAAUGUUUUUCAGACCAAACAGGUCCGAAGGUGACCAGUCCAUAACCUUCUAAAUGGAUAUAACUUUUUCAAUCCUAAUUAUUUUAAAAUCAUUGCUUCACCUUCAUCGUGUUUAUGCAAUCUCAAGUACCCAUAAUCAAAAGCCCCUUUUUGCUUGAUUAGAUGGAAAAGUGUUUUUAUAUGAUAAUUAUUGGAAACUAGUUCUUACUAUUUAUUUGAACUUGCCAGUAAAAUAACUUUAAAAUAACUUAUUUGAUGCAAAUGUUCAAUUCUAACAAAUUUUCGCAAAUGUUUUCACAAGCAUACAUAAAUGUUGUUUUGGUAUUUUAAGUAUGAACAUCACAGCAAUGAUAUCAGUCCAAUUUAUCAGCACUGUUUUAAGACCUGUUUCUCCCCACUAGACGCUAUGAGAACCAGCAGACGGGUACCUUCGUCCUCUACAAGAGCCUCCACCGAGUGUUCGAGGUCCAGGCUCGUCAGUGGGACUGUGGUAGCCGCCAUUACGCUGUGUCCUGUAACUGUGGAGUGGCGGCCAUGGAGGGAAACGAGGUUGAUUGCUUGAAUUUUUUUGUUAUUUUUAUUUUACCAAGUUAGUCUCAUUGAGAUUAAAAAUCAAUUUUACAAGAGACCUGGCCAAAUCAGCAGCACAAAACGUUUAAUACAGACACAUUUACAACAUAAAACACAAAGCACUACAGUUUAAAACCAUCCAUUUACACAUUGAGCAGGCAAGAUGCUUUGGGGAAAUCACUGAUUGAUUGAAUGAAUGAUUGAUAGAUUGAUUUAAUUUAUUAGAAUAUUAACCCUAAAAGUGCUAACAGAGGUCAAAUGGAGGAAUGAAACAUAAUCACUCUUUUGAAUACUAGUUGUGCUGUAAAUGGGACUCAAUAGUAAACUUUGUGAUAAAAGCACCAAAUUUGGCAUAGAGGUAGAUGUAUGUACCCUGAAAAGAUAUAGAUAUGGAGCCUUCCCAAAUUUGGCCCCUGAGAGGGUGUGGCAGCCACUAUAACAAAAAAAUAAAUGUGCUUUCAUUCAAUAUCUCUAUACCAAUUCGAGAGUCUCAUCUUUUAUAUGCAAAUUGACCUGUGUUGAUAGCCCAUAGCGUUCCAGAGUUAGAGCUGAACGUCUUAUGGCACUGGCGCCCAUAUCGCCUAUAUCGCCCAUAUUGGUGGCUCAAUCGCCAAUUUUUCAGCCUCUGAGUACCAUAGAAAUACAACACUUUGAAUGAAUAACAGACAAAUGUUCAUAACAAGUGGCUAUGGAUGAAAUUGAUCAAAGUAUCUCUUAAAAACAUGAAAAACAUACAAAAACGUAUAUUUUGAAAUAUCACAUUUGACUGUAAAUGUAUGAUUUAAAAAUAUAUAUAUAUAUGCUUAUUUUUGGGAAUUUAAACCAUUUACAAAAGGUUCAUAAAAUAAAAAGUGAUACUGCUUGACAGGCAGUGUCUCUUUGCAAUCAUUACCAAUUUGGGGUAAAAGAUUACCUCAAUUGGCGCUUUUAAGCAAAAAAUAUGUUGACGCUUUUAGGGUAAAAAAAAAAACAUAUAUACAGCUUGUAAAUACAGUAGAAAACUAUUAGGAUAACAGUCAAUUACCUAUUUUCAUUUUGUGGUCCUUAAGGUGGUCACGCUGGAUAUGUGUAACGGUCAGCUUCAGGAGACCAGGCCCCAGCUCUCUCUGAAGAACCUGGGAGGAUAUAACAGUGGAUCCAGUGGGACCAGCGGCUCCAGUCAGUAUCGGAUCAAGAUCCAUGAAUCUCACCAGGGGAAGAAAAUUACAGUAGGUAUUGGUUAAUUUAAAGUUAUUAAUUUUACCAAGUAGGUUUACCCAUUAAAUUGUUGGGAGCAUAUAUAGCUUGUGCGACUUUCUUUCUUUUUGUACAGUUUUCUCUCGUGUAGUCAGCACAUGUACAAGCAUUUUUGGGUAUGCGUCAGCUCAUGCUUUUUUACUAAAGUCAUUACCGCCACUUUUAUGGGCUGUUUCCUCUCACUGUCUAGACAGGUUUGGGGAUGUGUGAGUUUGUGAGCCCACUGAGCCCAAUAUUGAAUGAUACGACUUUUACAAGUCAUGGAAAAACACCUUUCUGCUAGGGGCAAUCUGCAACACUGUACGAUUGAUGUAAUGUAAUGUCCAACACUAGUUCUAUAGAUAGAAAGAUUUGGAGAUUGUUGUUGUUUUGAGUCCCUCUGUGUAGUAUACUGAUCCACGCAAUAAAACAUUGAGUGAACUCAUUCUAUAAUUUGCAUUAAGAUCUGGCUUCUGGUUGUAAUAAAGGUUAACGCAUACUUUUAUAAUAUAUAAUAAUAUUAUAAUAAUAUAAUAAUAUAUGACAUUUAGCAGACGCUUUUAUCCCUUUUUAUUCCUUUUGUAGUUGAUCUUUCCAUCUGGGGCCUUUGUGAGGGCAGACGUCAGUGAUUGGGGGAUGAGCCUGUCAAUCAGAGCUCCCAGUGUGGACUACAGCAGAACAAUGGGACUCUGUGGGACAUUCGACCGGAACGGUCACAACGACUUCCAUGGACCUGAUGGGACCACCUAUGGGAGCACUGAACAAGAACGCUUUGUGGAGGAAUGGAGGUAACUAUUAAUGAUUCUAUAUAGAUCUGAGAGGGGUCCCCUGAGCUUGUAACUGUUCAGUCACCCACCCCUGUCCUUUUGGUCAUUUAGUUUGUAAGUAAAUUGUUUUUCCAUAAUAACCUUGGGUUAUCUUUUCUAUUUUAGCUGGCAUGAGAAAAGAAAGCCUUUAUCAAAUCCUGUGUUAUCCCCAAGGCUUACUUUAAUUCAGAGUCUGAUGAGAUAGCUCAUUGUCUGAUCCAUAUCCCUCUGUUUCUUCUUUGUGUCAGGCUAGCCGCGGGGGAGAGCUUAUUUGACACCAUGCCCCCUGUAAUGGGGGUGGAGGUACUACGGCCUUUCUGUCGGUGUCAGGAGGGCUACAGCAUGUCUCUGCAUUUCGCCACGGGCCACACCGGAGAUAGCCACUAUAACUUUAACCCCUCGUCGCCCCAGCACCAGGCCCAGUGCCAGUCUCACGACAACGUGGAUUACACCUCUGUCUUUCCCUGGGUGGACACUACCUCUGAGUACAUUAAGAGCUCUGAGCCAGAACAAAGUGACCACCAGGGAGAGUCCAUCCUGAACGGCCCAGCUCUGCCUAUGGAGAUACACAAACAGCCAAGUUCCGAGAUGGUAGACUAUGGUGGGUUUGGGGACCACGGUGAUAAGAGUGAGCGAGAGAUUGACAGGGAGCUCAGAAGAGACUUCCUGGUUGCCGUAGACGACAUCAGGCCCAAGACAAAGAGACAGGUGUUUAUUUUUUCCUCUCUUUUUGUUUUUCUUGUUGUAUAGUGUCCUUGAGGUUAUUUGAAUGGCCCUUGAUAUUAUUUAAUAAUUGUUCUAUUGUUAUUAUUGUCAUUAUCGUUAUUAUUAUUAUUACUAUUGUCAUUAUUAGGCGCUGUACGAGUUCCAGACCAUCUUCACCUCUCAGUCCCUGAGCCAAGCAGACCUGGAGAGCUUAGCCUAUUUCUUCCCUGAGGACCACCACCUGUCUGCAGAGCGACCAGUGGCCCAGCCCGUGUGGCCCACCCCCAGUGGGCUUACCUCGGUCAAGGCCCUGGAGGUGUGCCAGCUAGCCCUGGGGAACUCCACGGUGGGAACAGUGUGUAGAGAGCUGCUGGGCCGGAGGCUAGAUGAGGCAGUGGACCUGUGCAUCCUGGACCUGCAGCUCAAGGUAUUUCUGUUUGUGUCUGCAUCUGAAAUGGCACCCUAUUCCCUAUAUAGUGCACUACUUUUGACCAGAGCCCAUAGGGCUAGGGAAUAUGGUGCCAUUUUGGACACUACCAUUGUUGAUAUUGUAACUUGUUAGUAUAGGUCUUGUCUGUCCUUUUGUCAAGUCAUAAAUAUGCAUUUAUAUAGACAAAUACCAAUUGUACAGUAUGCUCAUGGAUUUCAGUUUCCAUUGACUGCUAUGUGAGUGCAGUUAAACUUGAACUUCUUGAACUUGAUGUUGUAGGAUGACCUGGCCUGGGAGGAAGCUCUGGUGCCCUACCUGGAGAACGAGUGUGAGAAGAGGCUACUGGAGAACCGGACCCAGAGGGCCCUGGAGCUGGGGGGGUCUAUGGCCAGGGUCGGGAUGGAGGGGGUUGAGGGGAUCGUUGGGACGGUACUCACCGCACUGCGCUGCCCCAACUUCUGCAACGGGAAUGGCCAGUGCACUGAUUGGGGUUGUCAGUGCUAUCCUGGCCACAGCUUCUACGACUGCAGUCUGGCUAUCAGUGAGUAUUCAGAACCUAUCUUCCCCUUGAAAGCUGCUCAGAGGUUGGGCAUGUUGGCAUCAAAAUAUCUUUAAAUUGGAUUUAAUCAGUUUAUUGGUCAUGUUGUAGUUUAGUCUAAAACAUUAGACUACUGCACUCUCAAGUUCUUUUUAAUAUUAGAUACAGUGAGUAACCCCAAUCCACAUCCACAUAGGAGUGCUGAUCUAGGAUCAGGUCCCUAUGGUCCAUAUAAUUAUAAUCUAAAAGGUAAAACUGACCCUAGAUCAGUACUCCUACUCUGGUAUUACAUUUACAUUUUAGUCAUUUAGCAGACGCUCUUAUCCAGAGCGACUUACAGUUAGUGAGUCCAUACAUUUUCAUACUGGCCCCCAGUAGGAUGCUGUUCAUCACCAGGUAGGGGUCCGGGCAUCCACCCGUGACCUCUCUCUGUGUGUUGUGUGAUUUAUAGUAGCUGAUCUUGAAUCAGGGUCCUAGGGGAACACGGCAGGGCGCACCAAUAAAUCCAGCUAAUAGCUCAACUGAUCCCAGGCGAGCAUCAAGUCUACCCCUGGGCCACAGAUCAGGGAGGGGAAAUUGAAGGGGAAUUGUCUCCUCUUUUGUGUUGAUUUUCUGCCGUUCUGUUGUGGGGAUAGCGUCUUACCUUAUUCAAGCAAAUGCAACUGACUUCAAGAGUUUAAUAUCACUAAUGACAUUGUUUUCUGUAGAAAGUAGAAUCAAACUAGAAUCAAAGAAGGCAGACAUACUAGUACUGUACUUUAUGCAGACAGAGUCAAAGUGACUUUUUCCAAAUGUUAAACUCAUUCUGGCAGGUAUUAUAAAACAGUUUGCUGCUUCAUGACAAUGUACUUGAACAUGACCUCCCAAUGCUAUGACUUUGUGUCUGGCUGCUGCUGUAUUUAUUGCGACUGUCUCUGUGAAUUUACUAACUGUGUUGUAGUCAAGGACAACGUGCCAUUUUGUCACAUCAUACAUUACCCUUGAAUUGGUGAAUCUUCCAUUUUGGUUUGUCAGCGAGUGGGCUUGUAUUGCACUAAACUUGCAUAUUGAGCCUUUCUAUUUGGAGCUUCCUCAUUUAAACAUAUUUUAGUCCUUCUUUCCACUCUGAUGAUCCCUCUCUCUUCUUCUCUCCCCUCCCAUCCCUCUUUCCUCUGUCCUAAGGUCAGCCCGUAGAGUUGACAGACCUGGAGAACAGUGGUCUGUGUGACAUCAGAGCAUUCGACUGUCGCAGCGUACGGGUCUUCGGCCUCGGCUUCAUCGACUCUCCCAACCUGGGCUGCCACCUCACACGACUGAUGGUGAGAAAAAUAACUCAGACAAUGGUCACGGUCAUAUAAGGACACAGCCCAGAGUGUUGCUGUACUAAACACAGUGGGGAACACAGAAAACACAGACGGGAUGGUGAAAUCUCUCUGAGGAUCCAAACCAGUCUUUUUUAAUUGAAAAAGUUCAGCAAAACUAUGGUGCUCUAGAUUCCCUUUUCCGAUCAUAGGAGGAGGGCUCAUUGCAGUAGGCCUUAUAAUCAUCUCUCAGACAGACUGGUAAACUGCUAGUUCACAACAGGACUCCAAUAUCAUCUAUGUGAAUAGGCAGAAGGUGGUGGGUGAUUGGGUCUGUCUAACCAACCCAGUAUCACAGAUUAUUGUGAAAUAGACACAAUCUUUUCAUGUGCAGUAUACGAUUUUGUAUACAGUGCAUUUCAAUCACAGAUAAAGACAGUAGGUUACUUAAGGCAAAAACGAUAGGAGGGAGGUUGGUCGGGGAGGAUGGGUUGGCAUAUAACGCGAACGUCUAGCAACCCAAAGACUGUGUGUUCGAAUCUCAUCACGGAUAACUUUAGCAUUUUCGCUAAUUAGUUACUUUGCAACUACUUACUACUUUUUAGCUACUUUACAACUACUUAGCAUGUUAGCUAACCCUUUCCCUAACCCUAACCUUAACCCUUUAUCCUAACUCCUAAACCUAACCUGUUAACUGCUUAGCUAGCAUUUUAACUAACCUCAACCCCUAAACCUAACCUUAACCCCUAACCUUAACCCUUAGCCUAGCUAACAUGAUCCACCUAGCUAGACUAGCUAACGUUAGCCACAACAAAUUGGAAUUCAUGUAAUGUACACCAAUGCGUUAUGAAGAAAGAAAAUCGUGUAAUACACACCAAAUGCGCUGUGAUGAAAAACGUGUAAUACACAUGUCACGAAUUGUCUAUUUCAAAAUAAACUGUGAUAGUGUGUUGGUCUAUCAAACUACUACUCUACAGGCUGGGGUUCAGUCAUUAUCAACAUUGUAAUUAGAGACUUAUCAAUUGCUUACACAUUAGACACAUAUUAUUCCCAUGCUCUGUCUAUCUAUCUAUCUAUCUAUCUAUCUAUCUAUCUAUCUAUCUAUCUAUCUAUCUAUCUAUCUAUCUAUCUAUCUAUCUAUCUAUCUAUCUAUCUGUCUGUCUGUCUGUCUGUCUGUCUUCUGUCUGUCUUUCCUGUCUGUCUGUCUGUCUGUCUGUCUGUCUGUCUGUCUGUCUGUCUGUCUGUCUGUCUGUCUGUCUGUCUGGUCUUGUCUGGUCUGUCCUGUCUGUCUGUCUGUCUGUCUGUCUGUCUGUCUGUCUAUCUAUCUAUCUAUCUAUCUAUCUAUCUAUCUCCUCUAGUACCUGAAUGGUGAGCGGGUUCCGGGAGAGAAGCAGAGGACCAGAGCUACCUUCCUGAGCUCCAAGGCUUUAGACUGUUCCAUCCCCUCACUGAACAGCAUGAUGACUGUCAACGCUGUAGACUUUAUGCUGGAUGACAAACCCUACGCUCGCUGGGAAGUCAAGGUAAAGUUAUGUACAGUAUUUCCCAUCUGGUAAAGUUAGCUCAAUAAAGUUAAUUCAUUUCAUCAUUCAUUUUACUAAAGCACAUGGAAAGUCACCUCAUUUCCUUGCAAGAAACUGUGAUUAUGGCUCACUUUUUCAAAGUCAACUUGAAGUAUUCUGCUUUGCCCUGUUCCUGACCUUCUCCUUGCCUGGUAUAUAGCCUAUAUAUCAUGUUCCAGCAUGUCCCUGAGUGGUUUGGGAUCGCUGUUUGUUUACUGCUGUAUUAGAAGACAUUAGCAUAAAUCUCAAUGUAGGAGACAGAGCCGUGGGGCUUCUCUCCUCACCCCCAAGGUUAGCCCAAAGUCAGGUCUGCGUGCUGAAGUGGAUGAUGUGAGCCUGGGUUAGUGGGCUUAGAGGAUGAGUCCAAUAUCACCUACCUUAGCCCUGGCUUUGCCAUUAAUCUACAAGGUUUAGGGGAGUUUGAGUCACCCGUCCCUUAGAAGUGUGAGGUAUAUUUGUAUUGGAUGCUGUGAAAAUGUCCAAGUGUGCAUCAGCAUGAAUUUCAAAUCCUAUAUCAAUUUUAUUUUUGAAUUUUUUUAGUAUAUGAGCUUCAAACUUAUGUAAUCAUAUUAAAUGAUUUACUUAGCUAAACCACCAAACCAUUUGACCAUCCAAACCAAGCUCAAGACAAGGAAGCCCUCCUAUAUGAUAUGAAUGUCUGAACUCCAUUGGUUAGGACUAGAGUGUGUUGAGUGUUGGUUGGUUACAGUAUUGUUCCUUCCUGUCUCAGGUGACCAAUGACGGCUCUCAGUACAGUGAGCCCAAGGUGCUAACAAUCUACGAUGGUGUGUGCCAGGUGUGUGAACCAACCCACUCCGGACUCUGUAAGUUAAAGGUAACUACUAUACACCACACAAACACACAUGCAUGCACAACCACACACGUACACACACACAAACACACAUACUUUUCCCUUAAAAACCAUGCAGUAUUAUGAAAACUCUUUACCACUGAGUAAGACAUAAGAUAUUCCUAUGAAGAGAAGUGAAAAACAGGCCGUCUCGUAAUGUCUGCAGGGUACUUGUUGAACAUGUUGUCCAACAUGUUUAGUGAAGUAUUGUUGUACAUCUUUACUCUUGGGUUUACUGUACAGUGGAAACCAAGCUCUGGAAUACCAGUUGUCUCUGGGAUGACUAAAACAGACACUCACAACAUCACUUUCAGAGCUCCCUACGUCCAUGGAUGUCUAUUCUAAACGACAGAUGUUAUGAAUGUCCUCCCCACACACAGCAUACAGUACACACACACACACUUACGCACGCACGCAUACACACACACACAUACAGACACACACAUUGGAACGCAAGCACACACACACAGGGGAUUACUGUAGCUCCUGCCAAUGAUGUUUUAAUAAAAUUGAGUUACGUUCGGAAGAGAUGGAUUUGUUAGUGUUUGUUUUCUGUUCAUUUCCUGCUGUGAUCUUCUUCUAUGGUCCCCAGAGAGAGGCUCAGAUAUGUCCUAGUGCUAUAAAUGGAGAAGCUCAUAUUGCCUGACACUUUAAAAAUAGUUGCUUCAUAAAUGUGUACUAGUUCAUCUCUGCACCUUUGUAUUCCUAUUUCUUAUCUCAGUAAAUGUAGUAACAGUGAAUGUCUUUCUUUCUUUCUUUCUUUCUUUCUUUCUUUCUUUCUUUCUUUCUUUCUUUCUUUCUUUCUUUCUUUCUUUCUUUCUUUCUUUCUUUCUUUUUUCUGUCUGUCUGUCUGUCUGUCUGUCUGUCUGUCUGUCUGUCUGUCUGUCUGUCUGUCUGUCUGUCUGUCUGUCUGUCUGUAUGUCUGUCUGUCUGUCUGUCUGUCUGUCUGUCUGUCUGUCUGUCUCUUUCACCUCUCUCUCUCUCUCUCUCUCUCUCUCUCUCUCUUUCUCUCCCUCUCUCUCUGUCAGGAGAGGACGUGUAAUAUAGAUGGAAUGUGUUUUGCUGAAGGAGACUCCAAUCCCGCCAGCCCCUGCCUCCUCUGUAACCCAAACACAUCCAAAUUCACAUGGUCCGUAAAUGAAGGUAAAUCAAAUCAGUCUAUAUGCAUACUCAAUUGAAAAUGACUGCUGAAAAUUGUGGAACAAAAUAUGCUUGAAAAGUCUCAAACUCCACACUGAUACAACAGACUGCAAACAGCUAUGGUGAUCGUGAUUGGCAUGUAAGGUUUGAAAAAGGAUCAACAUGUUGUCAAUGGGAUCAACAUGUUGUACCUCUGACCUUCUCAUCCAAUGAUUUUUGAGAAGGAGGCGAGGAGAGAAGACGCGAAGGAUCAUAGAAAUGCAAUUCAGAUUCUCCCCAAGACUAAAGUGGAAGGUGACCGUCUUGAGGAAUGAGGGAAGGAAACGAUAGAUAGCAGUGCCCUUGCCACAGUCAUACAUUUUCACUUGGAGGGGAGCUGACACACUGGUAUAGAGAGGAGAGACAGAUAAGAGAAGAAAGCUAAAAGAAACGAAAGACAAGAAAAAGAAACAAGCACAAACCCCUAUCCCCCUCCCUCCUCCUCCUCCCUCCCUCCCUCCUCCCUCCCUCCCUCCCUCUUUCUCUCUCUCUCCCCCUCUCUCUCCCUCCCUCCUUCCCUCCUCUCCCCCCGCCUCUUUCUACUCCUCCUCAGGUAUAUUUUCAGUCUGCCUACCCGCCUGCAGCACACCCACCCACCCAGGGCUACAGAUGCUUCCCAUAUCUUUACGCCGCAUGGUUCACUUCAUUAACACCGUCUAAUAGGGUAAUAGGGAUUAAUAAUGGACAGUCAGACAAGAUUGAUCAUGAUUGGCACAAGGCACUUUUGAUGGAGUGGAGAGCUUUGGAGUUUUAUGACUUUUAUGACUCAGACGAAGUGAUUCUCUUUUAGUUGAGUUAUAGGUCAGGAAGUUUCAUUUAUGGGCUUUGAACAGAUUUCCCUUUGAAGGUUAUAUUGUUGGAUUAUACUUGCAAACACACCCAUGCACAUGCACAAACACACACACACACGCACAAUAACACACACACACAUAUGAGAAAAUAGUCUCUUAGUAGACCUUGCACAGGUUCUGUCUUUCUCUCUUCUUAGGGGCUGUGUGUUUCUGAAGCAGCCUGUCCCUGUGUUACUGUCUGUCAUUGGGUCUCAGCUCUGAGGAAGGUGCCUGGUCCCAUUAGCUGUGUCAUCAGUCUCUGUCCCAGUGUUAGAUCAAAGGAGAGCAGGCCAUCUGCAAGGGCUCUGUUUCUAUACCUGUCAGGACCUGUCUAACAGCACUCUGCAACAGAGGAGCCUGUCUUCACAUGUCUCUGUGUCCCUGUAGAGAAACUGUACCCCUCCAUCUCCCUCCUACCCUUCAUCCCUUCCUCUUCCUCUCCCUCCCUCCCGCCAUCCCACCCCUCUCUCUCCCUCUAUCUCGCUCCCUUUCUCCUUCCCUCCCUACAUCCCACCCCUGACACUAACGUGUUGUGACAGCCUUUUGGGGCUUCACAGUGUCAGUGAUGCUGUCUGCAGUAGACUACAGUACACUAGCUCCCCCUCAAUUCCCCUGUGUGCUCAGAACUACCCUAUCAAUAAGCUGGAGUACAAUAUGAAUACUGCCUGUCAACCACGGUGGAUAAAAAGAGAAUACUUUCUUCUGUUUUAUCUUUUGUCUCUCCUUCUCUCUAUCUCUCUCUCUGUAUCACUCUCUCUCCCUCUCCCCCCUACCCCCAGUCAACCAGCCCCCCAACCUGCACCAGCCUCAGGGGGGCCUCAGCACCUUCGUGGGGGAGAACUUUGUGUUCCAGUUCACGGCGGCAGACCCCGAGGGCUCGGCGCUCCUCUUUCUCAUGGAGCAGGGCCCUCCUGAAGCCUCGCUCUCCCCCGCCGGCCUUCUCAUCUGGAAAGUCCAUCCGGUGGAGAUGCAGGGGAAGGAUCGGCAGAGCUUCGAGUUCACGCUAUCCGACGAGUGCAAUGCCCAGAGCAGCUACAUUGUCGAGGUGAGAGAAGUGGGAGGAGAGGGGGGCAGGGGGGAGAAAAGGACGGGGGGGAGAGGGGAGGGAUGGAGAGAGGAGGGGGAAGGAGGUGGGGAGAGGGAGGGAUUGACUUGUAAACAGUUUAUUGAAGCUUCCUACCUCCCUCUUUCUCUCCCUCCCUGGGUGGGUGGUGUACCACAGUUUAGCCCCCAAAGCCUGAAAACAGACCUCAAACAGACCUCAGUCAACAUAUGCAUUUAUCACGGAUGUGUCUCUCUCCACUCCACAGCUCCACACAUGCCUAUCCUCUGUUGACGUGAUGUCUGUCUGCUUAGAGCUGGAGAGGGCACUGGUUACCAUGGGAUAUGUGUGACAAGUUUACAACCCAUGGUUUUCACAUUCCCAGGCUCAUGCCCAUAGUUGGUCAUGUGGUAAUAAAACAGUUUACCCCAAAGCUGUGAGACAACUAAAGUAUCUGCAGCUUACCUUGUGAGCCCAGGUCUGGCUUGACACUGACAGUAAUAAAGAAGACAGUGAUAUGAUGCUGAUAAUCAACUCCCAUGGUAUAAAACAGUAAUACAAGGCUCUCUUUCCAUGAUUAUCAGAGAGCUGGAAGCAGAUGGUGGUUUUCUGACUGAGGGUAUUGUGGAGUCAGAGUAGGUAUUUAUCUCUUUAUUAGCAGUGAGAAGAGUUGAGGAUCUAGGGAAAGUGAAAAUGAAAAUAGCCAUACGCUGUGAUUAAGCAGACCAUAUGAAACUAUUCUGUUCAUAUAACAGGCUGAGUAUGAUGGCAUUUAAUUGGCUAUGUUGAAAGCUAUGUAUGUAACAGCAGUCUCUCUGUCCUUCUGUCUGUACAUCUGUCUCUUCAGGUGGCUGUGAAGCCUUGUGGGUGUUUGAACGGCGGGACGUGUGUGACCAACGUGGCCUUCCCGGCGGGCAGCGGAGAGUACCUGUGUGUGUGUCCCAAGGGGAUAGGAGGGGGCCUGUGUCAGGAGGACAUUGACGCAUGUCUGUCGGCUCCGUGCGGUGGAGGGGUGUGUGAUGAUACCGUCGAUGGAUUCCUCUGUGAAUGCCCUGCAGGCCUUAGAGGUAGGCUACAGGAACACACGAGAGCGCGCACACACACAAAGAGAGAGAAACCCGUAAGUGUGUAUUGACACUGCCAGAGAUCUGAUACAUUUCCCCCUCCCCAUUCACCACUAGCAGAAGCAAAGAUCCCAGUUUUAGUGGUAUUUGCACUGUAUUCAUAACCCCUGCUGAAAACACAGAACUGUGCUGCGGUGGGUUAACAAACAGUGGUUGGCUAGUUCCAAACAUCCUGAUCACUCCCUCUAGGCUGUGUGUGUAGCUAUUAAGUGGUGAAAGGUCAGGGUUGAGGUGAGGUGAGGGUCGGGAGUAGCUGAAAAUAGUGACGUGCGUUGAGGUCUGAGGCCGUGUAGGCACUUUCUAUUGAGCCCCACUGGUCCCCGUCACUCACUCACACAUGCACACACACUCAUAAAGCAGAUUUUUGCUAUGGUGUUUAUCGGUAUGACACGAUCACAAAGACAACCAUCAAACAACCACAACCAAUCAUCAAACAGCAUCAUAUAAUUGGCAUAUACUUUACUCUUACUGAGUCUCCACGUGGGCGAGGAUAUUGGACAUUUAAUCAAAGCCUAUUAGAUGAUAACUUGUUUUUAACUAGGACAGAGGAAUUUAUAACAGAUUUUUUCCGACAUAACAUAGGUACAGCAAAUCCCCUUAUUGUAUUGGACACCUUUAAAUGUGCCUUUAGAGGCCAUGCAAUUCAGUACUCAUCUUGAAAACAAAAGCAAUUUAGGUCAAAAGAGUCCACACUAACAAAGGAAAUAGAAGGUCUAACAGAACAGAUAGAUUAGAGGAAAAACAAAAAUAAAUGGAGAAACUUAUUCAAGAAAGAUCAAGUGUAAUAUAUUAUAAAAAUAAAGCAAACUGGAUGGAAUAUGGGGAAAAAUGCACCAAAUUAUUUUUUAAUCUUCAACAUAGGAACGCUACCAAAAAUAAUUGAUUGAAACUGGUUACAAAUGACGGAGUCACCCAUGAUUCACCAAAUUAUAUUUUGAAGGAGGAAACAAAGUACUUUAAGCAAAUGUUUUCAUUUCAGUCGCCUCCAUCUCCUCUAACUGAAGCAAAAUGUAGAGAUUGUUUUUCUAUUGAUAAUGUAACAUUAACAGCCAUACAGAAAGACUCAUGUGAAGGUGAAAUUACAGAGGAGUAACUUCUGGAUGCAAUUAAAGACUUUAAGUCCGGGAAAACUCCAGGGUUGGAUGGCAUACCAGUCGAGGUAUACCAAACCUUUUUUGAUAUACUCAGAGGACCGUUAUUAGCAUGUUUUAACCACUCCUAUGUAAAUGGUAGAUUAUCAGACACUCAAGAAGAAGGCCUGAUUUCAUUAUUACUGAAACAGGAUACAAGUGGAAAAUAUAAAGAUCCAGUCCAUUUAAAAAAUUGCCGGCCCCUUACACUUUAGUGUUGUGAUGCAAAAAUUCUUGCAAAAUGUAUAGCGCAUAGAAUUAAAAAGGUAUUGUCGGACAUUAUUCAUUCUAGUCAGACAGGUUUUUUACAUGGGCGAUACAUUGGAGAUAAUAUAAGGCAAGUACUGGAAACAAUAGAACACUAUGGAAAAUCUGGGAAACCAGGCCUACUAUUCAUAGCAGACUUCGAAAAGGCAUUUGAUAAAGUAUGACUGGGGUUUAUAUAUAAAUGCCUGGAGCAUUUCAAUUUUGGACAAUCUCUUAUAAAUUGGGUUAAAAUCAUGUAUAGUAACCCUAGGUGUAAAAUAGUAAAUAAUGGCUAUUUCUCAGAAAGUUUUAAACUGUCAAGAGGAGUGAAACAAGGUUGUCCACUAUCGGCAUAUCUAUUUAUUAUUGCCAUCGAGAUGUUAGCUAUUAAAAUCAGAUCCAACAAUAAUAUCAAGGGAUUAGAAAUCCAGGGCUUAAAAACAAAGGUGUCAUUGUACGCUGACGAUUCAUGUUUUCUUUUAAAUCCACAACUUGAAUCCCUCCACAGCCUCAUAGAGGAUCUAGAUACAUUUUCUAACCUCUCUGGAUUACAACCAAAUUAUGAUAAAUGUACUAUAUUACAUAUUGUAUAACUAAAAAAUAAAAUGUUUACAUUACCAUGUAGUUUACCAAUAAAAUGGUCUGAUGGUGAUGUGGAUAUACUCAGAAUACAUAUCCCAAAUUAAAUAAAUGAUCUCACUCCAAAAAACAAUAAUAGAAAGUUAGCAAAAAUAGAUAAGAUCUUGCUACCAUGGAAAUGUAACUACCUGUCAAUUUGUGGAAAAAUCACCCUGAUUAUCUCUUUAGUAUUAUCCCAGUUUACCUAUUUGCUUAUGGUCUUGCCUACGCCUAGCGAACAGUUUUUUAAAUUAUAUGAGAAAAAAAUAUUCCAUUUUAUUUGGAACGGCAAGCCAGACAAAAUUAAACGGGCCUAUUUAUAUACUAAAUAUGAAUUAGGAGGACAAACAUUAUUAAAUAUUAAAGCAUUAGACCUAUCACUAAAAGCUUCAGUCAUACACAAAUUAUACUUAAAUCCGAACUGGUUCUCUAGCAAACUAGUAAGAUUGUCUCACCCAAUGUUCAAGAAGGGACUUUUUCCCUUUAUUCAGAUUACAACCCCUCACUUUCAGGUAUUUGAAAAGAAAAUCAUCUCCCAAAUAUCACUAUUUCUAAAACAAGCCAUAGAAAGUUGGUUGCAAUUUCAAUUUCAUCCUCCAGAAAUGACAGAACAAAUAUUGCAACAAAUACUAGUAAAACUAAAUGCAUGCUCUUCAACCAAACGCUGCUUGCACCCGCCUACCCGACUAGAAUCACUACUCUCGACGGGUCUGACCUAGAGUAUGUGGACAACUACAAAUAUCUAGGUGUCUGGUUAGACUGUAAACUCUCCUUCCAGACUCACAUUAAGAAUCUCCAAUCCAAAGUUAAAUCUAGAAUCGGUUUCCUAUUUCGCAACAAAGCCUCCUUCACUCAUGCUGCCAAACAUGCCCUCGUAAAACUGACUAUCCUACCGAUCCUUGACUUCGGCGAUGUCAUUUACAAAAUAGCCUCCAACACUCUACUCAGCAAAUUGGAUGUAGUCUAUCACAGUGCCAUCCGUUUUGUCUCCAAAGCCCCAUAUACUACCCACCACUGUGACCUGUACGCUCUUGUUGGCUGGUCCUCACUACAUAUUCGUCGCCAAACCCACUGGCUCCAGGCCAUCUAUAAAUCACUGCUAGGCAAAUCCCCGCCUUAUCUUAGCUCAUUGGUCACCAUAGCAACACCCACCCGUAGUAUGCGCUCCAGCAGGUAUAUCUCACUGGUCAUCCCCAAAGCCAACACCUCCUUUGGCCGCCAUUCCUUCCAGUUCUCUGCUGCCAAUGACUGGAACAAAUUGCAAAAAUCUCUGAAGCUGGAGACUCUUAUCUCCCUCACUAACUUUAAGCAUCAGUUGUCAGAGCACCUUACCGAUCACUGCACCUGUACACAGCCCAUCUGAAAUUAGCCCGCCCAACUACCUCAUCCCUAUAUUGUUAUUUAUUUUGCUCAUUUGUACCCCAGUAUCUCUAUUUGCACAUCAUCUCUUGCACAUCUAUCAUUCCAGUGUUAAUACUAAUUGUAAUUAUUUUGCACUAUAGCCUAUGUAUUGCCUUACCUCCAUAACUUGCUACAUUUGCACACACUGUAUAUAUAUUUAUUUCUGUUGUAUUUUUGACUUUGUUUUACCCCAUAUGUAACUCUGUGUUGUUGUUUUUAUCGCACUGCUUUGCUUUAUCUUGGCCAGGUCGCAGUUGUAAAUGAGAACUUGUUCUCAACUGGCUUACCUGGUUAAAUAAAGGUGAAAAAAAAAAUAAUAAUAAUAAUAAUAAUAAAUUUGUGGUUAAACUCAAAUAUACUAAUUGAUAAAAAAAACGUUAUUUUUUUUGAAAAUGUUUAAAAAAGGUAUAAUCUUCGUAAAUGAUAUUAUCGGUAGGAAUGGUGGAGUUAUGUCGCACAUGCAGCUAACAAAAACAUAUGGAAAUGUCUGCUCUACCCAAAAUUACAACCAAAUAAUUGCAGCAUUACCACAAAAAUAGAAGAGGAAAGUGGAAGGAGGAAAAAGUAAGGAACUUGUCUGUCGGCCUUGCAUUAAAGAACAUAAUUGGUUAAAGAAAAUUGUAAUAAAUAAAAAAGUUUACCAGUUUAAUUUAAGGACCAAAAGAUUGACAGCCGUCCCAUAUAGAUUGCAAAAUAGUUGGGAAGAGAUUUUUGACAUACCGAUUCCAUGGCAUAGUGUUUAUGAACUGAUACGCAAAACGACGCCGGAUUCAAAACUUAGAAUUUUUCAAUUUAAAUUAUUAUAGAAAAUUCUUGCUACCAAUAGAAUGUUAUUUGUAUGGGGGAUACAAUCUUCCCAGCUCUGCAGAUUUGGCUGUGAAGAGACAGAAUCAUUAGAUCAUUUGUUUUGGUACUGUCCAUUUGUAGCUUGUUUCUGGACACAGGUCCAGGAAUGGCUGAAGGAUUGCAAUAUUUGCAUGGAAUUGACCCUGCAGAUAGCACUACUGGGUGAUCUGAAAAGUCAUAGUCAAUCGAUCAAUAAUAUAAUAAUACUUUUAGCAAAGAUGUUUAUUUUCAAUUCACAAACUGUAGAAACAAUGAGAAUAGAAAGGUUCAGAACUUUUGUAAAACAUCACAGUACAGUUGAAAAAUAUAUGGCAAAUAGAAAUCCAAUAUGGAUGGUGUUAAGAGAUAGAUGGGCGGUGUUGAAUGGAGCUGGGAUGGGACUAAUAACAACUAAUAACAACAAGAUAACUAGUGUAAGACAUGCUGUGUCCAUAAUAAGUAUAUAGGUUAUAUAUUGUGAGCUUUUGUGAAAGAGCACAGUUAGAAAGAUAUGGCAUAUAGAAGCAUACCAGAUGGACAUCAUGAAAAUGAUCGGAGGAAGUUCAGGAGUAAAAACAAACAAAAUAUAAUUAGUGACUGUGUCCAUAAAAUGUAUAUAGUAUGUAUAAGCAUGAAGUAGAGGCCUAAGCAUUGUUGUUCACUAGUUUACUCCAAUUAGGGAGGGGAUGGUGGGGUUGGAAAGUAAUAAAGGGAAAUAUAUAUAUUUUUAAAGGAUAUGUAUGUAUGUAUGUAUAUAUGUAUGUAUGUUAUAUAUAUAUAUAUAUAUAUAUAUAUAUAUAUAUAUAUAUAUGUGUGUAUGUAUGUGUAUAUGUAUGUAUAUAUAUAUAUAUAUAUAUAUAUAUAUAUAUAUAUAUGCGCGAGAAAAAAACGAAAAAAAACAUAUGGGGGAUUGGAAGUGAUGCAGACAAUUACAUUGAUGGAAGUUACAAUAUAUCUGCAAUAUUAAAGCUGAUCUACCCGCAAAAAAAGAAAAAAAAAAAGAAAAAUAGUUAACCAUCAAACAACCACAACCAAUCAUCAAACAGCAUCAGGCUUUAACCAUUAGACACACAUUCACAGGCCCUAGUAGCUUUUGCCCCUCUCAACUACUGCCUUGCACAAACAGGCGACUUUCAGUACCACCGACGUCAACACAAAUGCCAAGGAGUAGGCCUGCUUGUAGACAGCGCUACAGACACAACAUGCCUAGUAGUCAGCAAUACUGACUGAGAGAUAUACUGUACUUACACAAUAGACAUGUAAUAUAAUAAUAGUAGACGGCACUACUGUAAAUACACUUUGUAAAUUGCACUUGUAAACGAAGUCCAUCCGUCUAUCCUUCUGGGUAAAGACAUCAGUGACUGAACUGUAACACUCCUCCCUGUUGGCCCUCAGUUUUAAAAGUUGGUCUCAGUGUGAUGGAGAUGAUGGUAAGGGAUGAGAGUCGUCCUUGAUCGGUUCAGUUUCGACUGUAUUUCUUUAUCCGUUUCAGCAUAGAAAAUGACCUCUCAACGGAUGCUGUUGUGGCUGGUUUAGUGAGGACCAGCUGCAGUAACUUUGUCGCCUCGGGGACAAUCUGUGUCAGGUCAUGCUGAGGAGCUGUCCAGGUGAUUUGUCUCGUACCAUUUGUGAACUGUACAAUCCGACAAGAUCAGCCUUAAUGAAAUCAAAGUACUUGGCAUAUUUUGACAGGCUCUUGUUUGCUGGUGUCGAUCCUUUGUGACAUUGUUUAUACGUUUUUGCAGACCACUAAGCCAAGGAAAUUAAAUUCACCAAAGUGGUCAAACCUGGUGUAAUGGUCAUGGUCACAUGAUGGGGUAAUCCUCCUACAAACUUCAAAACCAGUGUCUGCCCAAUAGGGAAUUUCCUAUUGGUCUAAGAUGUUGGUUGCUCCCGUGGGAGACCUGGGUUUGUAUCCCACGUGUUACACAAGCUGUCAUCUGAACAUUGAUAUUGUCCAUUAAAUUAUAGUAGAUUAGCCCCCUCUCUACUCUGAUCGGCUGUUUACUAUGAGUUUCGCUUUCUGCCAGGCCCAGUUAAUUGCAUCUCUGCUUGAAUCGCUCAUAGAAACUAUCAAAGUUGUGUCGCUGCCGUUCCAGUGCUUUCAUUGUGAUUCUGAUUCUGGUAAAGCAGAAACCCAUAUCCAUCACUUUGUUCUGCAGAACACGGAAGAAACAAUUGUACAUUGAACAUUCCAUCAUAGGCCAUGAGCAAAAAGCUCUCUAAAUGGGUUGCUAACGGUUUAAUAGUUCCACAUAGUUGCCCUUGGGCCUGUUUGAUGAGCUGGCACUCUCAUCGUUGCCACAAAAUGCCAACUCCUGUUUACCUAGGUAGCAUGACGUUGCAUUAAUUAGCUAGGUCUUUCAAAAUCUCUCGGUUCUCUUUUUGUGCAUGCUGAUGUUCAAUCUCCGUUGUUCAUUCAUUGCCAACUGUUUUAAGAACUAUCUGGCUUUGGAUAUGAGACACAGAUUUCUCAUGCUAGUUUCGUGCUAAAUGCAAGUUGCUCAAUUCGCAGUAACCGGCUCUUGUCUACACGCUGUCGCGGGUGAAGAAGCAGGCAAGGGAAGCAGUAGAGUCGGCUGCUAGCAGCGCAGCCACAGAGCCAGUCUUUCCGUUGAUACCACUCAUAUUGAAAUGAUUGUGUUAUUUUCUGUCCCUUCCUUUGAUGUAGGUCCCUAAGCUCAGGUGUUGGUCUUCCAUCCCUUAUCACCCGCUGUUUCGCUAGAAAAUCCAACUUCGAAAACUGUUUCAGAUGCAAUAUGUUAGCCAUCCUGAUCAGUUUACUUUAACUAGCAGGAAAACGAACGUAACAGGCAGGUUAUGUGUGACGUCCAUAGGCAGGAGCUGGCUGUCCUCCUGCCUGUCCCAUAUCCUUUUGCAUGCGCAUUUAUUAGUUGAGUGCAGUGAAAAUGAAUAACUUGCCUUUCGGCGUCCAUUAGCUGGCAGUAUAAGGUAGAAACAUGCAUACACAAGUCAUGUCAAUGGGUUUGAGUUUGAGAGGUAGGAGAAAGGCCUUUCCUCUUGCCUCCUUGUGCAAAUCGAUUUUAUCAUGCAGAAAAAACAUGAAGAUGACAAAAUGAUUAUUGGUAAAAAUGUAUAUAGUUAUUUUUUCAUUCAUUGUGCCUACGCUGACCGCACAUCACUGGCUGAAAAUACAUGAUCUCUCUGUUUGUUGUUGUAAUGGGCUUCCUUGGCUUUUUGUCUCUGUCUGUGAGCUUGGCUCAGACCUUGGCUUUCUGUCUUUGUGCGUGUAAGGGCUACCUGUUGUAGUAAUAGCCUUUGGCAGUCUGUCUUUGUGUUGUCUGUUGUAAUAAUGUCUGUCUGUCUCUGUGACUCUGUGUAGGUGCUACCUGUCAGGAGGAUGUGAAUGAGUGUGAGAGGAUGCCCUGCUUGCCUGGAGUCCAGUGCUUCAACAGCUUCGGCUCCUACAGGUGUGGAGGCUGCCCCCACGGCAUGCUGAGAGAUGGGACCACCUGCACAGGUAGGCAUGGUCAAUCAAUCAAAUGUAUUUAUCAACACUUUUUACAUCAACAGGUAGGCAUGGUCAAUCAAAUCACUGGUGCUACUACACUAUUGUAUCAAUUAGCCAAUUCACUUCCAUACAAACAGACUGUGGGCCUUGUUUAUCAAUAUAGAAAAGGGAUUGAUUUGAUAUGAAUAUAAGAAAUGUUGCAAAGAUGUUCCAGAGGUACUUGCAACUUUCUCCCACCUGUAAUAUUGAACUGUAUGGAAACGUAACGCUGCAUGCACCUGUAACUGUGGGAAGACCAGACAAGCACUAUUAUCAUUGACAAGACAAACAGGAACAAUGAGACAUUCCAGCUAAGCAUUUCAGAGAAUUCCCAUAUCUGGAUAUCAUUACACACACAAUAAUGGGAAUAGUUGCCACUGCACUUUGAACCACUCACAUGAUAACCAACAUGGAUGCAUGUUCAAUGGAAACCAGAGGGCAGGUGAUGGCUCACCCCUUCUCUCCCCUCUCCCCCUUCCCUCCCAUAAUUUAUUUUGUAUGUGUUCUCUUUUCUUCAUUUUUGUGGGGGUUAGGGGAGGGUUGUUGAGCUGAGUUAAUUGGUGAAGCACUUCCCCUCUGAGGGAGAGCAGAGCAUAGUGUAUCCUGUCACCUGGCCCCAGGCUCAGAGAGCUGCAGCAGCACCUCAGGUGUGCCUCUCUCUGUUGACAGCUAACUGACAAAGGCCAUUAGAGCUGAGGUGAGAUGUGGGAACUUGGAAGGGUACAGAGGAGGGAGCAGAGAGUAGGGCUGAGAGGAAGGAGCAUGGCUGAAUACAGAGUGAUGAGGUAAGGGGCCUGGCUAGCAGCAGGGAGAUGGAAGAGGAGCAUGAUCUGGUGGAAUAGAGUGUGAUCUAUCGCCUGGGCCACAGAGCUGAGGUGAGGUGAGGUAAGGCAAUGUAAGGUGAGGUGAAGUGUGGGGCCUGGGAGAGCAUGGAAGGAGCAUGGCCUGGCUGAAUACAGAGGGAUCUACCGCCUGGGCCACAGGGCGAGGGGAACAGGGGCUAAGCUGGGGCACCAUCCAUAAAACACACAUAUACCUGCACCUAGAGGGCUGUUUGUUUCUGAUUAAUCAUCCAAUUUUCAUUCAGGAGACGUUUGUUUCUGUAGUUCAGGGUAAACCGCUUGAAUUCCCCAGGAGUUAACCACAUGCACACACACGCAUUCAUGCAGGCACGCACGUACGCACGUACGCACAUGUACACACACACACACAUACACACACAUAUACACACACAUGCACACACUUAGUCACCAUUUUCUCCCAAAAAGCCAUGCCAUGUUUCCACCAACAUCCCUCUUUUAUUUUCUAAGCGUCUUAGCCUUUCCCUCUCCCUAAUCUUUUUCUCCCUCUGAGUGAUGAGUUUCGGCUGAGUGAUUCUCUGCUUUGUUUAUUUCAGUUCCAUACCGCCUCUGCAGGAGUUACACUGUCAGGUUUAUUUCACUUGCCGUUUCUCUGCUCUGCUGUCAUCAAUCACACAGUCUCUCUCUCUCCUCCUGCUCCUCGGGCUCUGCUUUCCUUUCUUUCUGCUUUUAUUUAUUUUUUUACGAUUCUGCUGCUCAUAGAUCUAUUGAGGAGCUGUGAUUUCUAGUGGUGUAGGUGUGGGAUGAAAAUUUUUGAUAAACUGUCGUCCAACAUUCUUGAAAAGUGUGUGAGAACUCAGGUUUCUAUGAAAUGUAUAUUCAAAACAACUUCUGGCCCUGAACCUGAAGUGUCCUCUAUCGAUCUCUCUCCCAGCAUCAUAAAAGCACUGACAUGUUAUGAAGCCCACCUCUUACUCUCUCCAUGUGUCCAUAUCUGUCUCUACACAACAGCACCUGUACGGUCGAUUCCCAUUGUCCCCAGCAUUGGACCCACCACUGUCCCUACCACCACUACCACCACUACCACCACCACCUCUAAGACCUCACUCAUCAACAGACCAGACCAACACAAUCCACCCAGGAUGGACACUGGCAGACCUGGAAUCCCACCGACCAACAAGCCUGGACUCCCACAAACCAACAUGCCUGGACUUCGAGAGACCAACAGGGCACGUGCCAAGGCCCCAGCUGUACAUACACCGUCUAAGAAUGGACAAAAAACUGGCAAGUACCCUGAGUAUACCAAACAUUAGGAACACCUUCCUAAUAUUGAGUUGACCUCCCCCACCCCCGCCCACCCUCCCCUUUUGCCCGCAGAAUAGUCUCAAUUCGUUGUGGCAUGGACUCUACAAGGUAUCGAAAGUGUUCCACAGGGAUGCUGGCCCGUGUUGACUCCAAUGCUUCCCACAGUUGGGUGAUAGACCAUUCUUGAUACACAUGGGAAACUGUUGAGCGUGAAAAAGCAAGCAGCAUUACAGUUCUUGACACAAACCGGUGCGCCUGGCACCUACUACCAUACCCCGUAUUUCCCAAAGCCUCUGUCUGAUACUCAGAUCGCCUACAAAAGGCUGUUUAACACCAAGGCUCCUAUAAUAGUCCAUCAGGGGUGUCACAUUACUCCGCGACUGAACACCUCAUUGGCAUUGGCAGCUAUAGCCAGCCCAGUUAGCGGCCUUGCAAAAUUGCCUGUCAUCAUCAUCACACUAAAAGGCUGGAGAUGGGAUUGAAAGGCACACAGCAAAAUAUGUCAUCUCCCGUCGGCCCCGUCGUUCCGAUAAAACCACCCAUUGUCUGAGUGGAUUCUGCUGCCCUAGUCGAAAAUGAGACAAAAUUCACAGGCAAUAAGCCUUGAUAUGUGGAGUCAUAACGCUGAUAAAUCACUUCUUAAUAAAAGACAGAUGGUCCGUUCUUUUUCCUCUUUUGUCCCCGUGAAGAUGAAACGCUUUAUUAGCGAGAGAGAGGAGAAGAAAUGCUUUGUGGCACGCAAAUAGGAAAAAGAGAAAGGUUGUCAGUGUCACGUUUCAAAGCUUCUAACUGCACUGCAAUGACAGUCAUUCUGUCUCAGUCUGCUCUCUUCCAUAGAUCCGUCAUAGAAUAGAGAUAUGCGGAUAAAUGUACAAUACCAAUACAAUACAGCAUAGUCUAGCCAUAAUGCACUUUUGAUGAUGUGGUGGUUUGAUGUGGUGCCACUACAAGGUGCGAAGCAAAGGACAAGGACAAAGUUAUGGGACAAAGAAUCCAUCUAAAAGUGCUAAUAACACCAGCAGUUUUAGUUCUAAAGGAAACAUCUUUGUUUAAAACUAAUAGGGCGAUUGGCAUUUUCAUCACUCUUCUUUGUGGGUGGGGGAGAGAGGGGAGCCCAGGAGGGGAGUGAAGGCCUAUGGGUAGAGAGAAGCUGAUGCAGCUGGAUUGGGGGUGAGGGCGGGUCUGGAGGUGAAGACAGGGGACACAGUCGGGGUCUCACACACACACACAUCUCGCUCUCUCUCGCUCCAAGGGGGUUCUGACCUUGGUAGCGUAUCAAUCAAUUACUCAGAGACUUUCAUCCUGAAGCACCGUAAUGAGCCUCCUGCCAUCAAAACACAAAGUGCCAACUAAGAGUUUCUCCACAGCCCUAAUUUGGUUAUAAAGUACCUUUAUAUAAUUGGUCUUCCAAGACUUUGCAUUUUAAUCAAAGACAUUUGAGCAAUUAGCAGCUGUAGCAGCUUUGGAUUUAACUGCGAGUUCUGCCACAUAAAAUUUGUCAGGCAGUGUUGAAUAUAACUCCCAGGUAGGCAACUGUACGUAGGUGGUAUUUGUGAGCUGUUUACAUCUACGGGGCUGAGUCUAUUUGAAUUAUGACUAAUCAUGAAAUAUGCAAACGAUGAGAGCAUGGUGUGGCCGAUGCAGAGGCAUUGACAACUGAUUACAGCAUCCCGCUGAGCAUAAACAAAUGGUGAACAUCGCUGUUCAUGUGAAGGCUAGGGGGAGAGGAAUUCAUUCAUAAAUAAUGUCCUGGGGCUGAUAACAGUGAUUCUUUGUUCCAGGCCUAGGGCUAUCAUCCCAUGCAGGGAACAACAGCAAUGUGACCGGUACGUGUGCCAGCCGACCAUGCUUCCUGGGGGUCCAGUGCAUCGACCGACGUCUGCCCUACACGGGCUAUGUCUGUGGGCGCUGCCCACCGCCCCUCCAUGGCAACGGACGCACCUGCACCAAAACCGCUCGUGGUAAGACUUCGGCUGGAAGUGUUUCACCACCUCCCUGGCCAUAUCUACUAGCCUGGUCCCAGAUCUGGCACCAGGCUAUCUAAAUACAUUAGUACAUGCACCACACAUUGGCUUUUUAGUAGUUUUUCUACUGUCACUGUUGGAAAACUAUUUGGAAACAAUCUGACAUGGUGUGAAUUGUCCUCAACUGCCUUUACCUCCCUAUUCAACCUGGUCUGAGGGCAAUUCAUAAGAUUUGGUAUGUAAAUGUGUUUCCUCCAUUUAGUAUGCUAUAUUUAGUUAUGUUAGGUUACAUGGAAUGGAAUUGCGGUUGUACAAUAUCAGACAAAUUAGAGGACGUAUAGCAUCAAAUAUUUUACCCGGUCGUACAAUAGCAUACGAAUUGGAUGAAGUAACUUAUCAAUCAUCUUGGAGGACCUAUAGUAUUAUACGUCUUUCUCUGAGACCAGGUUGCUUGUUGCAUCCUAACAACCAAGGAUAAUGAUUUUAUUAACCCAUCCACCCUCUUCGGAGGACACAAAUAUAUCUUUUUUGGUUUUUACAGCUUUUUUGCUACAUAUACAUACAUUUUACAUAUCACACUUUAGAUAUAUAUAUUUUACAUAAUUACGUUGUUGGUUAGGAGAACUAACGACAAAGGUUAGGAUAAUUUACGUAAAAGGAUAACUAAAAAAGGUUAGGAAAGGGGUUAGCUAAAAUGCUACAGUUGUCCCUAGACCAUUAGAACAUAUCAUACGUCUUGGGGGUCCAUAAAAAUACAUAUAGUAUGCUUCGUAUGGCUCUGAGGCCAGGCUGCCCUAUUAAUAAGCUCAAUAUGCUAAUCAUCAUCAAGUUUUUUUGUAGAUCAGUGAAAUGUGGAAAGCUUUGCGCUCCAUCUUCUCCUCUCAGCUUAGUUCUGUUUUAUCAUUUGUAUUUGUCCCUUCCUUCUUUGGACUCUCUGUCCCUAUGUGUACACUGUCCAAGUCAACAGCAUGCACUUCCAGAUGAUGAAUUCAUUUCAGUGGAAUAUGCUUUUCUCAUGCAUUCAUCUUUCAUGAUGAUGUGAAAAAUAAAACAUAUUUUAUUAAGAGUGAAAGUUAAAGUAGUCAGUCCUACUAUUGAGUGGAUAGGACCCAUGCUGGGUUGUUUUGAAGAGCACAGACUAGUCUACAUUGUUCAUGCCUUUGUUUCUUUACCCAGCCAGUGUGAUGACAUUUUUCAUAAUUGUAGUAAAUAAAUCCUUUUAGUGCAUCUCAUAAUUUGUGCCGCCACAUUUCUAAAUCAAAUAACUGUUUAAUACCCAACCCUGUUGUCCUGACUUUCUACACAGUCAGUUCCCUUUGAGUCCAGCUGCUUCAGUGUGUGUGUUUGUGUGGUUGUGUGUGUGUGUGUGUGCAUGCGUUCGUGCGUGUGUGUGUGUGUGGGGGGGGAUACAACAUUUAUCAUGACGCCUUCUGACAGUGACAAUAAGUUCCAAACUAUUCAUUUGGUUUAUAAUUCCCUCACUGUGUAUUAGAUUCCUCUAUGAAGUGAUUUGGCCAUCUUUUGUGAGGUUUCAAUACAGGUGACGUUACCAGUCAGUGUCAGUAGGGGAAAAUAAAUCAGUGAAGCGUUGGGUGGCGUCUCUCAAUAUGUCAUUAACACUGGUGUCGGGUAAUAUUUAUCUAGACCCCACACCCAUAACACAUUUAAUUUCAAUUUGAAUUUUAAUAGCUUUAUUGUUCCCAUGAGGUGUCCAAUGGUGGCCUUGAUUCCGUUCCAACCAUGUUCUGUGUCAACAUCAGUGUUUAUAGCAGCUGUUAACAGAUUAUUACCAAAUCUUUGUUUUGUCUUUCACUGUGUCUGAUGAUGUAAUUACAUUCUAUACUGCUGUAAUACUUUAUUUAGAGAGUCCAGCUUAUCUACAUUUCAGUUCAACCCUAGCCUCUUCCACAACCCUAACCCUACAGCUUUCCCCAUAGGAGAAGCCUUUGAAGAACCCUUUUUGGUUCCAGGUAGAACCCUUUUGAGUUCCAUGUAAAACCCUUUCCGUAGAGGGUUCUACAUGAAACCCAAAAGAGUUCUACUUGGAACUAAAAGGGGUUCUCCAAUGGGGACAGGCGAAUAACUCCUUUAGAGUAUAACCUUAUAGGCAUUGAGUUUUUUUGUGUCACAUCAUCAUCAUCUCCCCAUCUCUCCUCAGGUAACCCUCACCUGACCCAGCAGCAGCUGACACUAGCCAAGAGCAGCAAACCCUACCACCAUGGCAACAGUAAAGUGUCCCAACUCCACCUUCCCACCCUGCCCCCCAGGCACGCAGUCAAACGUCUCUCCUCCUUCUCCUCGCCAGUCUCCAGGGGAGCCUAUCAGAGCCCCCCACACCCUCCCCUCUCACCCGCCCGAGGGCCAAUCACUGGGUGGAGGGAGGUGGCCACGCCCCUAUUUCCUAGACACACCCCUAUGUCACCUGAGAGUUCCCACAGCCUCACCACGGGCAGUCAUCAUGCCAUCAGUCCCCUCACUAGGACUCGUGCCAAAACCGGUGCCAAUGCCAGCGCUACCUCACUCAAGGUGACAACCAGAGAGUCUGUAGGUGUCGUGCGGAGUGCCACCUCUUCCAAGGUUACUCCUCCACACUCCACCUACCCCAAGGUUACUCCACCCCAAUCCAAGCUGACUCCACCCCAUUCCUCAGCCAAGACAGCCCAGGGGAAGCUCAUUGAUGUGGUAGUGGUGCCCACCCUGACCAAGCCCUGGACCCUCCCUAAAGCUGUGGCCCCGCUGACCGCAGCCCUCUCCUCCUUUACCUACUCCCUCUCUGAGUACGAGUUCUCCGCCGAUGGAGCACUGACGGGGCCUGGCUCGGACCCCUCUGACCCACCUGACCACCCACAGGACACCCAGCCCUCUCUCACCCUCACCACCCCUGCCCGGAGGGACCACCACACAUCCCCCCUUACUCCCCCCCUCCACAGGGCCACGUCUCCCCACCUCCACCGUGGGACCAGGAUCAGUAAUACUGUGGCAGUGGAGCGGGAGCGGCCUCUGACCUGCGCUGAUAUGCCCUGUUUCCCAGGGGUCCCCUGUGAACCCAACAGGGACGGGGGAUUCCACUGUGGAGGGUGUCCCCUGGGAUACACCGGAGACGGACGAACAUGCAGAGGUAUUGUUAUUUUAUUUAUUUAAAAACAAAAGAUAACAGAAUAAUGUGAUAAUAAGACAAAAAGGAACGAGGUGCAAAAAACGGCGAAAAAAUAGGCUUGUGAAGUAGGCCUAAGGUUGAUCCGUCUUCUUGAGAAAGUGCUAGUGCUUGGAGAAAGGUUGAUUGUUCUUCUUGAGAAAGAGCUACUGCUUUGAGAAACACUAUCUAUUAUCUUUGGUCCAUUAUAGAGGACCCUUUCCAUUGCUGUUUAUCGGCUGUAUUGAAUACCACCUGCGCAUCUCUCUUUUUCAAUGAAUGAAGGUGAUGUCUUUCUCUAGCCUCUCCAAAAUGCGUACUAAUGAUGGUCGUUUUUCAAGUGCACCCUGUACCAGAGCAGCAUGGGGUUGACAGAUGUUUCUGUACAGAUGCAGUAAGGGAGGUUGGAGUUGGAAUAGAUGGAAGCAACUUGUAAUAAUUGGCCUAUGGUGCUGCCUCUGUGUGUGUUUGUGUGUGUUUGUGUGUGUGUGUCGCCUGCCUGCCUGUUAUCUCCAGCUGUGUGCAGGCAUGCGUGUGGCAAGAACAUGGAGUGUGCCGCUCCCAACACAUGCCGCUGUAAACCAGGCUACGCCGGAACCAACUGUCAAACAGGUAACACUCUCUCUCUCUCUCUCUCUCUCUCUCUCUCUCUCUCUCUCUCUCUCUCUCUCUCUCUCCUCUCUCUCUCUCUCUCUCUCUCUCUCUCUCUCUCUCUCUCUCUCUCUCUCUCUCUCUGUCUUAGUCUCUCAAAAUACCACAUCAUCCUGAUAUUGUUGUUUUUGAUUCCCAUGCAUUGCUAAACCUGACAGGCCUUUUAUAUCGUUUGAUGUCUUUACGACCUUCUCCUCAGCGAUCUGUAAACCAGAGUGUAGGAACGGAGGCCAGUGCGUCGCCCCUGGGGUGUGUGAGUGCCUGAAAGGCAACCACGGGGAGAUGUGUGAGACAGGUAAUUAUAUGGCUGCGUCCCAAAUGGCACAUUUGCUCAUAGGGAUCUGGUCAAACGUAGUGCGCUAUGUAGGAAUUAGGGUGCAAUUUGGGACGAGGCCUAUCUGUUCUUGUUAGGGCCCAUCAGAACUGUCUCUGUGUGCUGUGUCAGACUAUAGACAGGAGCUUAGAGAAAGCAAGCUUAUCACUAAAAGACAGGAAAGCACUGCUGGAAGAAGGCCGGUCCAUGUCCGGUACUGGACAUUUCGGUGUGUGCUUGCGUGCUUGUCAGUGCAGACCUAAUUAAGCAGUUGUGGGCAUUUGAUAAGCCCUCCCUCGAGCUGGUCUGAGACAUUAAUGACAGAGGCUUGAAACUCUACUGCCACCUACAGCUCAGAGUCAGAGUCCACCCCACCAAUGCAAUGGCGAUGAGAAUAAGCCAAGCCGUAUUGAGACACUGCUUCCUAGUCCUAGCUGACUGAUGAAGAAAUGUGAGGGCAAAGCCUGGCCUAUUUCCCCAUUAACACUUUAUUUGAAGGGUACCUACAUAAGAACACAAAACACAUUCAUAACCCAUGCAUAACACAUUCAUAACAUCCCCAACCACAGCUCUGUGCAGUCUGCCCUGUGAGCACGGAGGAACAUGCGUGGGACCCAGCACCUGCUCCUGUCCCUACGGCUUCGUGGGCCCCAGAUGUGAGACCAGUGAGUUCAACACACAUCAUCACAAAUCAUUCAUCAUGCAAAUGGAAUAUGCCAUCACUCACACAUUGUUCAAAUGAAGUAGGACACUCACACACAUGACUGCUCCACCACAUACCUUUAAUUAGGCUUUUAUUCCAAGAGUGGAACUUUGUCAGGUUAGUCACAUUGAAAUUGGAUUGGACUUUGAAUGGCAAACCAAUGGUAUUAAUGCUAAUGCUGUGUCCCUCCUCCCCACAGAAUGAAAUAGAACUAUGUCGCUAGAGUUAUAAAGGUCUAGUAAUAUCGUGACCUUGGAAUUAUAUGGUUCUAUCUGCCAAAAGAUGAUUCUGAGAUAAUUAGCUUUAAAAUUCCGAACCCUCAAUGAGGUUUGAAUGGUGUGAACAAUGUUUUAUCUUGUAUUCAUUUUAACUUAACAACAUGAAUUGGGAUAUACUAUAUAGGUAGAGAACAUUGUAGAGAACAAGGCUAUGUCAAUAACUCUGUUUUGACAGAAAUGCAGAUAGAACCUUAUAAUUAUAUCGUACCUCUGUGUUGCUCACUCUAUCCCAUCUAUCUGUUCCGCAGUGGUGUGUAACCGUCACUGUCACAAUGGAGGAGAGUGUGUGUCUCCUGAUGAGUGUGCCUGUCUGCCUGGCUGGACCGGACCCUCCUGUGAGACAGGUAGAGCUCUAGUCCUGGACAGUGUCUUUAGUUUAUUACGAUCUCCAUUAGCUGUUGCUCAUGCAGCAGCUACUCUUCCUGGUGUGUUCUGUCCUUCUGCUUGCUCUUUGGGGUCUAGGUCGGGUUACUGUAAAGCACUGUGUGACACCUGUAGAUGUAUGAAGGGCUUCAUAAACACAUUUGAUUGAUUGAUUGGUCAGUUGAUUUAUUGGUUGAUUGUUCUAAGUGUCUGUCCUCUAGCUGUGUGCUCCCCUAUGUGUCUGAACGGAGGAACUUGUCUUCGUCCGAACACCUGUGGCUGUCCCCAGGGCUUCUACGGCGCCCAGUGUCAAAACGGUAAAAUACACUCUUAAUAUAAUUGUUGCACUUAGGAGACACUUUUAUCCAAUGUGACUUACAGUAAAGUGGCUGCAUACAUUUUUUGUAUGUGGUCCCUGCGGGAAUGGAAUCCACAACCUUGGCAUUGCUAGCAUCACGCUCUUACCAACUGAGCCACACACACACAAUGUCCUUGUCCAUAUACUGUCCUGACAACACACAGAGUCAUGGGCCCGCUGUGGGAGCUUUUACUUGUGUAUUUACUGGUUGAAUGAAAGGAAAACUAAUCCGAUAGAUUGACAGGGGUUUAGGUUUGAUUUGAAGGAGUCCAUCAAGGGCUCUGGCAGAGUUCCACUGUGUCCAAUUAUCAAGGCAUUUCUCUAAGUAAGUGUUUACUGUGGACUCUUUUUGUCCCUCAUUUAUCGUGAUGCCUCAGCUUUGGACGGACUGCUGUAUCAAUCAAUGGUGGAGUGAGGCCUCCACCUUUUUUGAAAUGUUGCAUCUCUUUCUCUCCCACCCCUCUCUCUCUCUUUCUCUCUCACUCCACCACAUCUCUUUUUCUCUCUCACUCUCUAUCUCUCUCCCACCACCCAUAACCACCCGCCCAUCUCUCUCUCUCUCUCUCUCUCUCUCUCUCUCUCUCUCUCUCUCUCUCUCUCUCUCUCUCUCUCUCUCUCUCUCUCUCUCUCCCCCCCCAUCGCUCCCCACCUCUCUCUUUCUCCAUCUCUGCCCUCUCUCUCUAUCUCUUGCUGUUUCCCAGCUGUCUGUAGCCCUCCCUGUAAGAACGGGGGCGUGUGCAUGAGAAACAGCGUCUGCUCCUGCGCCGAGGGAUACACCGGAUGGCGCUGUGAAAAAAGUGAGUAAAGCCACGCCACGCCACCUCCUCCUCCACUGCCCGCCCCUCCACCUGCUCCUCAUCCGCCUCCUCUUCCUCCACCUCCUGCCUCUCCUCUCUUCCUCCUCUACUCCUUCUCCUCCUCAUCAUCAUCAUCUAUUACCCACCACCAUAUGUGUGUCAAUCUGACAAAGUGCCCUCAACACAGUGGAGCCAGUUAUUCCAGAGCCUUGUUAAUGUACAGCAUAUUGGCGGGUAAAUUGAGCCAUAUGGAAAGAGGGAAGCAUUUGAUGGAUGCACUCAGUAAGAGGCAGGCCCGAGGGAGCAGGAACCAACAUUUCAGAGCUUCAUGUGGAGACAGGGAAUAGUCAAAUUGAUGCUAUGGAGUGCUAUUGACUAACAAUAGGGAUGCAUGCAGGGGCUUUUACGUGAAGGUUUUAAUUUAGCUAUACAUUACCAAUUUGCUACAAUGGGUCAUUAGUGCGGUGAUAGCUUCAGGAAUGUGCUCAUUGUAGAACAUCUUUGUCCUCUCCACUGCAUAUCCAUAAAGAUGAUUCAUCAUUUCUGUUUAUAUACACUGCUCAAAAAAAUAAAGGGAACACUUAAACGACACAUCCUAGAUCUGAAUGAAUGAAAUAAUCUUAUUAAAUACUUUUUUCUUUACAUAGUUGAAUGUGCUGACAACAAAAUCACACAAAAAUUAUCAAUGGAAAUCAAAUUUAUCAACCCAUGGAGGUCUGGAUUUGGAGUCACCCUCAAAAUUAAAGUGGAAAACCACACUACAGGCUGAUCCAACUUUAAUGUAAUGUCCUUAAAACAAGUCAAAAUGAGGCUCGGUAGUGUGUGUGGCCUCCACGUGCCUGUAUGACCUCCCUACAACGCCUGGGCAUGCUCCUGAUGAGGUGGCGGAUGGUCUCCUGAGGGAUCUCCUCCCAGACCUGGACUAAAGCAUCCGCCAACUCCUGGACAGUCUGUGGUGCAACGUGGCGUUGGUGGAUGGAGCGAGACAUGAUGUCCCAGAUGUGCUCAAUUGGAUUCAGGUCUGGGGAACGGGCGGGCCAGUCCAUAGCAUCAAUGCCUUCCUCUUGAAGGAACUGCUGACACACUCCAGCCACAUGAGGUCUAGCAUUGUCUUGCGUUAGGAGGAACCCAGGGCCAACCGCACCAGCAUAUGGUCUCACAAGGGGUCUGAGGAUCUCAUCUCGGUACCUAAUGGCAGUCAGGCUACCUCUGGCGAGCACAUGGAGGGCUGUGCGGCCCCCCAAAGAAAUGCCACCCCACACCAUGACUGACCCACCGCCAAACCGGUCAUGUUGGAGGAUGUUGCAGGCAGCAGAACGUUCUCCACGGCGUCUCCAGACUCUGUCACGUCUGUCACAUGUGCUCAGUGUGAACCUGCUUUCAUCUGUGAAGAGCACAGGGCGCCAGUGGUUAAUUUGCCAAUCUUGGUGUUCUCUGGCAAAUGCCAAAUGUCCUGCACGGUGUUGGGCUGUAAGCACAACCCCCACCUGUGGACGUCGGGCCCUCAUACCACCCUCAUGGAGUCUGUUUCUGACUGUUUGAGCAGACACAUGCACAUUUGUGGCCUGCUGGAGGUCAUUUUGCAGGGCUCUGGCAGUGCUCCUCCUGCUCCUCCUUGCACAAAGCUGGAGGUAGCGGUCCUGCUGCUGGGUUGUUGCCCUCCUACGGCCUCCUCCACGUCUCCUGGUAGCGCCUCCAUGCUCUGCACACUACGCUGACAGACACAGCAAACCUUCUUGCCACAGCUCGCAUUGAUGUGCCAUCCUGGACGAGCUGCACUACCUGAGCCACAUGUGUGGGUUGUAGACUCCGUCUCAUGCUACCACUAGAGUGAAAGCACCGCCAGCAUUCAAAAGUGACCAAAACAUCAGCCAGGAAGCACAGGAACUGAGAAGUGGUCUGUGGUCACCACCUGCAGAACCACUUCUUUAUUGGGGGUGUCUUGCUAAUUGCCUAUAAUUUCCACCUGUUGUCUAUUCCAUUUGCACAACAGCAUGUGAAAUGUAUUGUAAAUCAGUGUCGCUUCCUAAGUGGACAGUUUGAUUUCACAGAAGUGUGAUUGACUUGGAGUUACAUUGUGUUGUUUAAGUGUUCCCUUUAUUUUUUUGAGCAGUGUAUUUACUCUGCCUCAGCCUUAUUUCUUUAUUUCUAUCAAACCACUAAUGGCUGUAAGUAAUUAAGCAUAUCAGGUACAGUAAAUGCAUGGGUCAGUUGAAAAUCUAUCUCUGUCAUGUGAGAUACUGUAGAUAAUUAUUCUGGUGAAUAUGUAUGAGCUCAGUUGGUAAGUUUUAGUCUCCCUCCCUCCCUCACUCCCUUAUCCAGGUGUAUGUGAGCCCAUGUGUAUGAACGGAGGGAGGUGCGUGGGUCCAGAUGUGUGUGACUGUCCAUCUGGAUGGAGAGGAAAGCGGUGCGAUAAACGUAAGCAGGCUCACGUAGGAGUUAAACAGUUGCACCACUACCUGUAAACAGAUGCUUCCAUGCUAGCAGUGGAGGCGAGAGCGUAUGGAAACAAUUCAUCACGGUGUUUGGGAUGUUUAGUGGUUCACCGAUGGCAGGCUGUGUCAUGCUAUCACAAACUAGCAUUUAAAAGCAGCAGGUAGUCACAUAGAAUGUAAACAGCUUGUAAACCACUUUAUACCAGCCUGUUUACAGCACAAUAUGAACACAAUUAUAACAUACCAAAAGAUUUGAUUUAAAAUCGAUUUAUUUAAAUGGUACCUACAUAAGGACUUCAUAACACAUUCAUAACAAUACCUUUAGAACAUUCAUAAGCCAUACAUAACUCAUUCAUUAGCAGUGGUUUGUGAAUUGAUUGGUGUUGUGUUGUCUCUCCCCAGCCACUUGUCUACAGAAGUGUCUGAAUGGAGGAGAGUGUAUUGGCCAUAACACCUGCCACUGUCUUCCAGGCUGGCAGGGCAUGCUGUGCCAAGUCCGUAAGUACGCCUACACACACACACACUUACAUCCUCUCCGAAGAGAGUGGUGUGUUUAGGUUAACUAUCUGAAAUCAUCUGUUAAUUGCCUCCCACCACCCUAGAGUGGUACUCGCUCUGUGAAAAGUGUUCUGUCUCCUUCCCCUGUUAUGUGUGUCUAGCGUUGGCCAGGUCUCUACUACAAUUACAUUGUUAGGUGUAGACCAGAGGAGGCUGGUGGGGGGAGCUAUAGGAGGACGGGCUCAUUGUAAUGGCUUGAAUGAAACGGCGUUAAACCUGUGGUUUCCAUAUGUUUGAUACCGUUCCAGCCAUUACAAGGAGCCUGUCCUGCUAUAGAUCCUCCCACCAGCCUCCUCUGGUGUUGACUCAUGAGACCAGCUCUACACAGUCCUGGGCUGGUUUAUGAUACAUUACAUUUACAUUUUAGUCAUUUAGCAGACGCUCUUAUCCAGAGCGACUUACAGUUAGUGCAUACAUUAUUUAUUUUUUCAUACCCCCUGUGGGAAUCAAACCCACAACGCCAUGCUCUAUCAACUGAGCUACAUCCCUGCCGGCCAUUCCCUCCCCUACCCUGGACGACGCUGGGCCAAUUGCGCGCCACCCCAUGGGUCUCCCGGUCGCGGCCGGCUACGACAGAGGGAAUGGAUUCGAACCAGGAUCUCUAGUGGCACAGCUAGCACUGCGAUGCAGUGCCUUAGACCACUGCGCCACUCGGGAGAACUAUGAGAUACUAAUUUAGACAGUGGUUAUUCCCCCAGAGUUACCGCUGAUAAACAUCUUUAUUGACGUUUAUUUUUUAUUUUAUUUAUUUAUUUUCUAAGGAGGUAGAUCAGCUUUAAUACUGUGGUCCUCUGUAGCUCAGCUGGUAGAGCACGGCGCUUGUAACGCCAAGGUAGUGGGUUUGAUCCCCGGGACCACCCAUACACAAAAAUGUAUGCACGCAUGACUGUAAGUCGCUUUGGAUAAAAGCGUCUGCUAAAUGGCAUAUUAUUAUUAUUAUACUGCAGAUAUUUUUGUAGAUGUAUAUUUUUUAAAUAUAUGUUCCUAUAUAUUUUCCCCCAACCCUACCACCCCUCCCGUAAUUGGAGUAAACUAAUUGACAACAACACUUAGGCUUCUACUUCCAGCUUUUACAUACCAUAUACAUUUUACAGACACAGUAUAUUUUACAACAGUUCUCUUUUAUUGUCAUUUAUAUGUCUCUAAAACGUCCCUCGUCAGUUCACUCUCACCACCACCAUGCUUAAGAAGCUCUCCGUUAACAACUUUUAUCACCUGGUCGUAGCAGCAACAACAACAACAAGAACCACAACCACAUUAAAAAUCAGCUGUGUGUUUGUUACACACACAAACACUAACAGCUACGUCUCAUCGGAGUUCCACUAACAGUUCCUGCAUAAGCUUGUUCAGCAUUCCAGCAUUAACCAGCCAAUACAUGACUUUGAAGAAUGACUCGGGAGUCAUGAGAGGAACGGAAGUACUUAACUCCCUUUAAAGUGAAGUCACCAUCCAUAAAGAUGAUUCAUCAUUUCUGUUUAUCUAUUUACUCUGCCUCAGCCUUAUUUCUUUAUUUCUAUCAAACCACUAAUGGCUGUAAGUAAAUCUCCCAAGUAUACGGCGCAAUAAAAUCUAUAAACUCAGAACAAGAAGCAGAGAGAAUUCAGACCACACAGGGGUAUUCAAGUGUAUAAUAAAGUCAUUUCUGUCUUAAAUUCAAAGGCAGACUCAGUCCCAGUGUACGCAUUUAGCUAUGCAUGGCAAUGAUUCAGAGGUUUGAUGAGAUGAUUAUGGUAACUAUGUUGUCAUGGCUCCAUUUUGGCCCCUUUCUGGGACUUACCCAGAAUCCUCAGGGUGUUAAUAUGAGUAGAGAGAGAUUAGUGUCAGCUCUGUCAUUAUGCCAAUGUCGUUAUUAGGAUGCUAGGCUGAUUUAGGCCUUGUCCCUCACCUGCUGCCUCUCUCUCUCUCUCUCUCUCUCUCUCUCUCUCUCUCUCUCUCUCUCUCUCUCUCUCUCUCUCUCUCUCUCUCUCUCUCCUCUGCAUUGUGAUUUUCAUUUCAAAUUUGUCAUUUCUACAUUGUGAUUUCUCUGUAAUUUCUACAGCACUCUGUGAACAGAAGUGUCUUUACGGGAGCCGUUGUAUUCGCCCUAAUGUCUGUGCCUGCAGGAAAGGAUAUUCAGGGGUUCUGUGUUCCCAUAAGGUAAGCAGAUACAUCACCCCAAUACUUACUGUGACUGGAGUCAAGAGAGGAAUUAGGAAUAUCAUUUGAAAGCUGAGCACCAAGCUUACGCCUGAAAGUCAGAAAUCUCUUAUUGAUGGGGGCCUUUCCAGUGUUUUGCAUUGGCUGGUCUAUUUCAAGACUGUAUGAAUGCACGGUGGAAUAAGUGUGGUCAAAAUAUGUAUGGUGUUUUUCAGCUCCCAAUUCCACGAGGCUGAUGGGGGACUGUGA